GAACAUUGGCCGGCGUUGAAGGGCGCCUGGCAGGCCCGAGGGCUGCGGCGUCGGCUGCGCGGAUCCCGCCAGGCCGCAGGGGGCAGCCGCGAGUCGCCUGCCGAGCUGGGCGCGGGGCUUUCUCCUGCUCCGCCGCAGCUGCUCGUCGGGGCAGUAGUAUCCGCCGCCGGGCUGGGAAGGGAAGAGGAGAGCGAGAGCGAGCGAGAAGGGAAAGGAAGAGCAGGGGCCGCUGCGCAGCCAGGACCGCGGGGCGGGGGAGGGGCCAGCCAGGCCGACACCGAGCGAGCCGAAGGCCGUAGGCGAACCCAGCCGGGGAGAGGAGCGCCGGCCGAGGCCCACACCGAGAGCCGCCGCAGCACCACCACGACGCCGACUGGGUGGGGGUAGCCGCCGCUGCCGCCGCCUGCCUGCCUGCCAGCCACCCGGCCCGCCGCGGAGCGAAGGUACUGCCGGGGCCUUGAGGGCCGCAGCUCGCCGUGUUGCGGCGCCUGAGGAGGCCUUUCCGAGGGAGCCUUGGCGCUUCGGCUUCCCGGGCGCGGGAGGCGUUGGCGGCCAGGAGGGGGGGGGUCCUCUGCCUGUGGAGCUCGGGCCCCGGGGCCCUUGAGGCCUCCUCGGCCCCGCUGGGUGGCUGCGUCCGCUUGACCCUCAGGGUGUGUCCUCGGGAUGCCUCGACACGGGUUCGGCGGCCCCUGACGUGCCCUGCUGGAUGGAGGCGGAUUUCUUCCCCUCUCCGCCCCGCCUUCUUCCUCUCUCCUUUAUUAUACCUUCCGCGCCCGCGGCUGAAGUGCGCGGCUCCAGCCGACCUUUGUGACUGUGGCCGCCGAGCCCGGGAGUCGGCUAGGGGAGGGACGGAGGGAGGGCGGAGGUCGGGGGUGGGAAGCAAAGGGGUUCCUGCGAGGCGCCUUGGCGGCUCUUGCUCGGGGGGGGGGGGGCGGCAUUGUUGUCCUUGUGGGGCUCCAGGAAAACUUUGCUUCGCCUUGGGGAUCCUCCGUCGGCGUUGGGAGAGGGAGGAAAGGAGGGACCUCCUCGAAUCCGGAACUGCUGCUAGUUCGUUCUCUUUCUUUCUUAUUUUUUUAAAGGCAGCCUUUUGGGGCUUUGAGCGGCCAGAGUCUGUCGUCAGGUUAGUUAAGCCGGUUUCUUGGUGGUGCAGGAAUGAAAGCGUAUUUGCUUUUCUCUUGCAAAAUUGCCCUGUACGCAAAGGGCCCCGGUUUGCGUUCAUGCAGCUACUACAUAAAUCAAUCUAGCGCUUCUUGGUUGCUAGGUUGUUUUAAUAAAUAGCGUAGAUGAGUAGGCCUGUGCCUAUUUUUUUAAAGCCGGAAUAUCGCAGUAGUAAAUAAUGAGAUUGAGGGUGAAUCACAAGGUUCUUUGUAUACAGCAAUUAUCCUUCCUCUGUUAAACUGAUUUGAUCUGGUCUAAUGCAUCCCUCUUGAAAACUCGGACAAAUGGUGCUAGCUGCCCUGCAAAAAAUAUGUACCUAUAUGUAUCCUGUACAUACAGGGUGUUUCUUUUCAAAGAAUUUUUUUUGAGUUUUGCACAGAGUGAUAUUUUUUAUCUGUUUUGCUGUUUGUAAACCUGGAGUUUCUGAAAAUAUACUGCAAAGUAACAUUGGGUCUGAAGUCCCAUAUAAGAUUUGUUUCUGGAGAAAAUGCAGCUACUUUAGACAACAUUUCUGUUCCAAAUGGUAAUAAGAGAAAUGAACCAAUAUGAUGGACAGAAGUAGUAUUUUAGGUUGGCAUGUUCAUAAUCUUGUCUACAGCCAAAUUGGUUUAAAGUACUUGGGUCAACCGAUUCCAUUUUAUAGAAGAGUGCUCUGGAUUGGGUUGUACUAUAAAAUUUUAAAGACGUAAAAUGCUCUUGUGGAAAAGUGUGAAACAUCAGAUGCCUCCCAUUAGGUCACCUGUGGCUUUGGAAUAUGUUUCCUCUUUCGUUUUAAAGUGCAUGAAUCAACUUAAGAGUAUAAACAUGACUCAAACUCUCUAGUCUAGGUAUCAUCAACCUUUUCAGUUCCAGGGUCCACUUUUAACAUAUACAUGCAUUUGGGGACCUAUUUCUUAAUCUUUUACCAUAUAUUUGCAUGGUAGCAGUGCUCCUGUUGUGACCCACAUUGGAUUAGGUCCCAGUCCACUGGUGGGUCCUGACCCACCAGUUGAAGACCAGUGCUGUAGACCCUGCAAAAGUGACUGUACGGCCCAGGAGUUGGGGCAUUUUUUUGAUAUUGGCUGAGGGUCCAGCAUGACAAAUAAUUGCACCUGGUAGUAAUGAGAGACUGAUAACAAGGGCCUCCAGUGCAAGAAGAAGGUGAAUGAGGAGUGGAAUUAUGUGGUUGCAAGCAAUUUAGCUUGUUGAAUGUGCAUUAUAAUUACUUGGAGUGGACAAAAGCAUUUCCAACACUGGGCUCUUAUACAUUUUUAUCAAUCAAGCUUAUGUACUGGUUUCUAUUUAUAGUAGAAUAUUGUUUUUUUUAAUAAUCCAGUUAAUGAUGGGAUUCAUGCUCUGGAGAAAAUUUACCUGAAUUGUUGAGGAAAUUGUUGCUUUUGGCUCUUCUUAAAAAAAACAAAAACUAAAUUACUAAUUUCUUUAAUCUGUGGAAUUUUAACAGAAGAGAACAGUUUCUGCACAGACAAAUCAGUGGUUAUAAACAGGUAUAUUUGAAACCACCUGUUUUUUAACACAGUCCUAUUAAGUUGUCCAUAGCAGCUGUUGAGAAUAGUAGCCUUAAAUUUGACUCUGCUGAAAUAAUUUUAUCAGGAACAUCUUUUAUACUUGGUUGAGGUUCAUGUUGUCAGUCUUUGGGAAGAACACAAUGUAAUAUUGUAGCUUUGGAAUAUAGGCUCCUAGUGUUACAUUUAUGGGUUCCAUUUCUGCACAGUUAGGUGCUUAAAUUUCUUUGACUUCAGCAAGAUUCAGGCGAAUCCAUAGGAUAGUAACUUUGCGAAUUAUAGCAGAACCACAUAACAGUUGCUUGUUAUUAUUGAAGAUGAAUUUUGUCAUUGAUUUUUUUUAGUGUUUGUCUGGCAGAACAAGUAGGUGUUUCUCCUAUGGCACAAAGUGAUUAUAUUAUAAAUCGGUCAAUUGGCAUAGUAUUUUGCAUCUCUAGUUGUAAUGUUUCCCAAUAGUGAUAAUAAUAAUAAUAACAAUAAUAAUAAUGUAAUUGUUGUAUUUGAGUACAGAUCCUGAAAUGUUAAAGUGAUGUCUGUCUGACGUGUUAAGUAAGUUCUCAGAUUUGCUAAGUGGAAAUGAAAAACAUCCAACAUUAUGUUCCUUUAACAUUGGCUGGGAUCUGUAGAUCCCUAUGUGUACACCCUUCUAGCCUCAUGGAAAGCUGUUCUGGAUAAUCUGAUGACCUUUUGGUGCAACUUUUCAGGGAUAUGAAUGGCUGCCACUAGAAGGGGAUAGCCUUUGGAUCUCAACCAUUAUUUGUUUUGUUUCUGUACAUGUCUGCUUUCCAAUAUACACAAAUUAUACAGUGAACAACAGUUAAAUGUUCUGCUUUGUUCAAAAUAAGUUUAACCUAUAUUUUCAUUGGUUAUUCCUGUGUUACAUGAAAAUAUGGUUUCUUAAGAGUGUUUUUCUUAUUAUCACUUUCAAACCCAGGGCUACGCUUUCUGUGAAGUUAUGUCAAGAAUGCCCCACCUCUGAAAUGACUAGAUUCCUAAUAGGUUUCAUUGAAAGUGGAAAGGCAGUUAUUUUUCACAUUAUAAAAUGGCUUACAUUUUUAAUGUUGGGUCCCUAUUAAAUUGUGCUAAUAAAACUAUUGCUUUACCUUUAAACUGACUGUGUAAUAAUUUCUGUUUUAGUUCUUUAAGAAUCCUAGUAGCAUCCUCACAAGCUUAUUCAUGAUUCGAACAUUACUACUGAUUAAAAGGAGUAGUAGGGUUUGAUUUUGUAUGACAUUAUAAACUUGCUCAAGGGCUCUGGAAGAUUCAAGUCCUGUGACAAAUCAAUUCUAAUUUCAAGUCACAUUGAAACUAGAUCUCAUUGAUGUUGAGAGUACAUGCUACUGCUGCAGGUAUUAGUAAUGAUGGUUCAUUACUUUAGGUUUUGUGGCAUGGUAGGGAAACACAAAUCACAUUUUUCAAGAGAGAGAGAUACCAGUAUGGUUAAGAUUGUAUGAUCAACUUUCCUUCAACCAAAGCAGUGUUAUAAACUCAGGUGCUGUAUAUAAGCUAGGCACUAAAAGGCUCCUUAAAUAAAGAUUACAUUUGCCAAAAUGGAAUGUCUAGUUGCCAUUUGGGGGCAAGGCAGCUCUAAAGUCGUAUUUUUCAAUAUGACUUUUUGGUUCCUGAAAUUCAUUCUGAUUGUGCAGAUAAAAAUAUAACUGAUAGAAUUCUAUAGGAUGUGGUAUUAGUGUGUGAAAACAGUCAAGGUCCAAUGAUCCCCAGGCAUGCAUAUCCAGGUGGUGGUGUCAGGCGCCAUCCUGGUGCUCAGGCAUCUUCAUUUGGUCACAAGUGGUCAGUAAGCCAGGUGCAAAAUUAUUCUGGCUCAUUUCUAGCACUGAUGCAGAGAACAUCACCACUGAGGAUUGUGGCACUUUAAAGACUAAUAGUCGCAUCCUAUGUUAGCUGCCUGCAACCAAAAUGGACUUCUGCUGGUGCAGGACUUCCUCACUUCCCUGUAGUCCCCCCCCCCCCAAAUCUACUCUUAGGGGACUCACUGGAGCAGAUAUGGGGAGGGUCUCGGAAGCAAAGAGGGAAUUUUGUUUCAUGAGCACUAGUUUGCUUAUUGAACGUUGGCUGUCACUCUAAAACAGUAUUGAAGAACUUGGUGCCUUGCAGAUGUUUUGAACUGCAACUUUUACUAGCCCCAUCCAGUAUGGUUCUGCUGGCUAAGACUGAUGGGAGUUGUAGUUCAAAACAUAUGCAAGAUACCUGGAUGGCCAUGUCCUACCCCAGGCAUAAGCAAACUCGGCCCUCCAGAUGUUUUGGGACUACAGCUCCCACCAUCCCUAGCUAACAGGACCAGUGGUCGGGGAUGAUGGGAAUUGUAGUCUCAAAACAUCUGGAGGGCCGAGUUUGGGGAUGCCUGUCCUACCCUAACAGAUUCAUUGUGGCAUUGGAUCAGAUGACAUAUGAUGCAGUGUCACAAGACUGUUUUUGCUCCCGUAGCUGAACACUGAUAUCUCUCAGGAAUUUUUCCAGAAAAUAGCUGUCCUGAGUUGUAUGUGUGUGUGUUUUCUUCUUUGCUUAUGUUCCCACUUGUUAGUGUUGUAACAAAAUUAAUAAUUGUAGAAGAGCCAGAAAUAACCUGCUGCUGUGCAGUAAUUCUUCGAUUUGUCUUUUAAAGGGGGGGAGCUUUAAAAAGAAAAUCAAAGAUAGCAACAUUUAGAACUUAUUUUAAAAACAGCACACAUCUUUUGUUCAGGAAAUAAUUGCAGAAUAAAUAAAGCUGUCUUAAGUAGUUAGUAAUGAAUUCACUCAUUGCUAUUUUUCACAACUACUUAAGAUACUUAAGCUGCUCCUUCUUAGAAUCGGGCCACAUUUGCUGCAUCUAUAAAUAAGCGUGUUGAAUACAAUAUGGCAAGUGCAGCACUAGGCCGCAGAGUAUGAAGUUACAGGCAGACACACCAGUGCAAAUGUUUAGGAUAUAGUUGCCAGUUUCCCUAACCAUCCUUAAAUAAUUUUAAGACAGUCUUACUAUGAAUAGCACCACUCACUCCUUCUAGUAAUUUCGUUUAAAACAUCCAUUGUGACCCCCAAUCUCCUAGAAGGAGAUUUUAAGCUUGGCAGUAGAAUAGCUUACUUGAUUGCAUAGAGCUGGCUGAUGCAAGGUGUGCCAUACUAUUGUUGCUCUCUGGUUUAUAACUGUAAAACGCAGAUGUGCAUGCAAAGUUUAAAAUUGCCUCUGAAUUCCUUGGGGCAUGUCCUCAAACAGAACAGUUUUGAAAAGUUCCUCUCUAAUUAGAUUUCAAACUCAGUGUUUGACCUUGUAUAAUCUUGUUGUUGCACCAGAAUGGAUGAGGGUGUGGGUAGAUUAAUGUGCUGCACGUGCAGCAUGCUUAAAUUUAUUAAUAAAAAUAAAUUUCCCUUGAGUGGGAAAGAGGCUGGCAUUUAUACCACAAUAAAAGCGGAAUGUGAAAAAGAAUAUAGGAAGUUGAGUUGGAAAUGGCAAGUUAUUUAAUUUUUAAAAAUUCAUAGGUUGGAGCCUAAGAAUUGCUCCCCUGCAUCUUCUGGAAAGCCACUCUGUAAGAGCCAAGGGAUGGUAUUAAAUAUAUGGAGGGGGUAUAUCUGGAAGUUUGAAACCACCAUUCAUUAAGUGCUAAAAAAAUUGUUGCUCUUUUAUGCAAUCAACCCUUAGGAUAUUACUGAAUUUUGGCAUUUUGGUCCUGGAUGUGCUUAUUGAAAUGUUUGAGUAAGCACAUUUAGGGCUGUUUUACAAUCUGAACCUCGGAGUCACUGCAGUAAUGUAAGUUUGGGACUAGUAGUAGCUAACAGAUGUGCCCUGUGUAAGAAGAGCAAAAGGAUGGGACUUUGCCACAGUUCCAGCAAUAUCCAUAAAAACUAAUAUGGGUGCUGUUGGGUAAGACUGGAAACAAUUCAAAUUACAGCCAACUAUGUGAGUCCAGCCCUUUGUGAACUAUUAAAAUGGGACAGAGCAAAGCAGGAUAGAUUCCCAUUUGCAUAGGAUGCUAUUAUAAAUAUAUCAGGAGUAAGCUAUGUUUUUGCUGUCACAGAGGCACAUAACUUAUUCUGAGGCUGGCUCAGGUUCUCUGAAUUUCAGCACAUUGCCAUUCAGUAAUUAAUAGUGUGUUACAGGGGACACAUGAAUUGAAUCACAUUGUACAGUGGUACCUCGGGUUACAUACACUUCAGGUUACAGACUCUGCUAACCCAGAAAUAGUGCUUCAGGUUAAGAACUUUGCUUCAGGAUGAGAACAGAAAUCGUGCUCUGGUGGCGCAGCGGCAGCAGGAGGCCCCAUUAGCUAAACUGGUGCUUCAGGUUAAGAACAGUUUCAGGUUAAGAAUGGACCUCUGGAACAAAUUAAGUACUUAACCCGAGGUACCACUGUACAAUACAAAUAUAUAUAUUUACUUUCUCUUUUAAAUCCUUAUAUUUAAAUUUUUGUUCCAUGACUUGUAGUACAUUAUUUUAAAGCUAGUUUUAUGCAUUGUGAUAUGAAUAUAAUUUUAGUACAGGCAACUCCCAUUUUUCACACCUUCAAAGAAUGUGUGACUGCACAUGUGCGCAUUGCCACAUUGCCUGUAUAUCAGUUCAUCGAAAUACGCUGCAUCUCAUGAGCAUUAUCAGGCAAAGAAAAGACUAUUCUCUACAUUUGUCAGAAUGUCAGAAGAAUCUCUCAACUACUCAGUGUCAUGUCUAGACUAAAAUUACGCAGCCCCAUAAAUCUUAAUUGUUUUUUUGAUUGGACUGGCUGUUAUUGACAGUUAUUGGGAAUAGGUUUCCUCUUUUACCCUCACUAGCUGACCAAUACUUCUCUGGAUUAGGAUAAUACUUCUCUGGAUUAGGUUAAUACUGACUAGAUCUGAAACCAAAGAUUGAAGCUGGUAAGCAAAUCCUGAUCAUUUAAGAGGGAAACUGGAUAGAAUUAACCAAAGUUAAUGUUGCUGUAAGGGCAUGGAAAUGUUUUUUCUUUUCCUUUCUGGAAGAGGAACGGGGGAAAGGAGUAUGUGAUCUAGUGGCCCAUUCUAGAUCCCUUAACUAUGGGGCCAGGCAGAGGCACACACACACCAAUACAUAAUAUUCUAGGGCUUUGGUGCUAUGCAUCAGUUAUUAAAAAGCUAAAAUGCACGAUAAAUGAAAUAUUUCACAAAUGUGUAUAUAGUUGGUGUGCCCUCCUAGUUAGCAAAUAUGAACAAAAUAUAGUGCAGAGGUCCUAUUUAACUUGUAAAUCAAUGUUCUUUAUUAUCAUUACUGACGUAUAAAUAGAAUGCUGGACCAACAUCAACAUUUUAAGCUGAGGUUUUCCACUUGGUGAUUUAAAUCUUGAUUUAUAUUGCUAGCUUAAAUCAGUCCCCCAAUGUUGUAUAAAUGAACAGAUUCAGAAUUAAGCCCAAAGGGGAGCAGCCAACUAGUUCAUACAGAAAUAACUACAGCAGUUUCUCAAACAUAUGUGAUCUAUUUUUGAGGCAUCAAGAUGUAAUUUUCUCUCAUACCAGUCAUACCCUACUUCAGCUUUAAAAUGUGAGGAAGCAGAUUAAGCUUUGUAACCUACUGCAUAAUUUUAACAAAAACAUAUGUAACAUUAAAAGUACUUGGGCUGUAUAUAAGCUAGCUAAGACUGCAAUACUAAGCAUAGUUUCUAAGGAGUAAACUCCACUGCGAUUUACUUCUGAGCUAAUAUGCACAGGAAUACUCUGCAUGAAAAGGACCUUUUCAGUCUUUAGACACCUCUAAAAAGUUGUAACAGAAAAGUAUAUAUUGCACCAUGAAAAGCAAAAUUUAACUUACUCUUUCCAGGAGGUAAAGUAAUUGACGUUGAAAACAAAUGUAUAGAUUUGGGCUGUGCCCCAAUUAAAGAAAUUUAAUGACUUAAUCUUACGGGUUUCAGCCUAUUCAUUGAUUAAACUUGCACAAGAGUAAAACAUAUCUGAGGUCAGAAAUAAUGGAGUUGUAGGUGGCAUCAUCUGAUACUCAGCCUUGUUAAUCAGAAGGUCUAUUGAAAGACCUUUGAAUAAUCUUACAGAUUAAUCUAUUAAGCAUUGCAUCACUAAUGCAGGUAUGUUUUAGAACUACUGGGGGAGGAGUAGAGGGGAUUCCUUUCCCCAAGAGUUCUUAACUGAUUCUUAAGGCUGCUACACUUUUUUUCUAAAAGACUUAAGAAGCACUCUGCACAUGUGCAGAACCUUCCAUUCUGAACUGCAGAAAAAUUUCUUAGCAAAACAACAUUCAAUUUAUCUUGCACCUGAACCUGGGAAAAUUCAUAAUUUGAACCUGGUAAUUACAUGGUUGAUACCGUCUCUAGUCACAAGUGACUUUUUCUCUGUAGAUUAUUAGACUGUGGAACGGCAGCAGCACAACAUAGCCAAGCCCAAGGGCCCUCCUUAUCUCUGAGUGUCACAAACUUGGUCUUGCCUGUGCUACUUGUCCUGCAGGUUGGUCAUCCAUUCUUUGUGUCAUAUGACAUACAUCCACAUUACUUUGCUGCUGUUAGAGCACUGUAUCGUACUAUAAUAAAGAAUCUCUUGUGUGUCUUUGAUGCUGUACAGGUGUUUUAAGAAACAUGGUAGAUUGUCUGUAGUGAAGAGUGGGAUGAGUGAAGAGAUUCAGGCUGCAAUCCUACCCCAAUAAUAAGUUCAAUAGGACUUACUUUCUGGGCUGACAGGGAUUGUCCUUUGAAAUACAGUCAUACCUCAGGUUACAGGCGCUUCAGGUUGCACGUUUUCAGGUUGCGCACUGCGCCGAACCCGGAAGUGCUGGAACGGGUUACUUCCUGGUUUCGGUGCUCGUGCAUGCGGAGAAGUGCUGAAUUGCAAUCCGCGUGUGCGCAGACACGGUGCUGCAGGUUGCGAACGUGCCUCCCGCAUGGAUCACGUUUGCAAGCUGAGCAUCCACUGUACAUAAAUCUUAACAGAAAUGGAGAACCUUUGGACCCAUCAUCUCCAGCCAUUGGCAAUGCUACCUGGAGCUGAUGGAUACUGUAGUCUGGAGGGUCACAUAUUUUGCUUCAGAAUGUAAUAUUUUUAAAGACCCCCCCCAGUGGAUAUUGUGUUUUGAUCCAUCUUUACAUUUUGCACUAGUAUUUCUGUAUACAGCAUAGUGCCACUGAAAGCCUGUAUGGCCAGUGUAGUGGAAUGCCAGUUUGCGCAGUCAGAAUACUCAUUUGGAAACUGCCCUGUGGUUGGUUACAUGUCUGAGUGAUUCUGAGUUGUACCAUAUGAUUGUGUUAUGAGCCAUUUGAGCAACUUCUCUAAUGUGUUGGUUGGCCUGGAUAUUGAUAAUAUAGUAGUUCUGAAUAUUGAAAACUAAUGACUAUAGUAUUCAGCUUGGCAACAGACUUGGAGCUAUUGUCCACCAAUUGCUCUGCUCGCCUGUAUCUAUUCUUCUGUUACAUUCAAGACAGACAGAUGCCAACAACAACAACAAUGUUGCUACCUACUCCCCUCCUGAGGGGCUGUUCAAGGUGCCUGUCAAGCAUGGGGUGGCAGUGGAGCUACAGUGGGGAUGUCAGCACUUCUGUAACACACAUGGCAAUGGCUUAAUUCAUGGUGUCAGUAAUUGUGAUAUCAGUGUAGAUACAGUAAUUGUGAUAUCAGUGUAGAUACACCUGUAGCCUAGAGUCAAUUGUUUGCCAUAGGUAGUGAGAAAAAUGCUGAAUUAUAAGGCAGUGUGGCAUAACUAAAGCAGUGAUGUGUUGUUGGGAUGGCAGUGUGUAUUUCUUUGCUUUGAAAUGAGCAGUGUUUGCAGUUUAGACAUCUGGCUCCAGGAUGUCUAAGGAAGCUGAGAAAUUCUGCCUCAUGUCCAAAACUUGAAAGAUGCACUGUGUAACUCAACGACAGGGGGUACUUUUGAAGCAACCUGUCUAAUUCUGGCACAUAGACUUAAAAAUAACAAAUACUUGAAACAAUGUGGAAUUUGUGGCAUCUUCUUUGGCACCAAAGACUCCCAAGUUGUCCUUUUGCUCCCUGAACGCAGAGAAAGAUCAAUUUGCAUUUACCUAUUUAGUUGGACUCUGACCUCAGCAGUUACAAGGAAACUUUUCUUCUUGCAUCCCUCCCCAACCCUGACAUGUAGCUCCUUUAGAUCUUCAUGGCACAUCCAUAAUCUGAAAGAAAACAAACCAAAAAAUUAACUCAUUUUUCUUGUUUGUUUUAAGUCCUGUUUCCUUUGCUGUUACACAAUAACCACUUGGGAGAAUUCAAAUUAUUAUGAAACUACAUCUUGUACUUCCUUUCCACAAUAUUUCUGAUAUCAGGCAUGUCAGUGGGAAACUGCCUCUUCUCUGUAGUUAAUAGGGUUGGAAGAAUGUCUUAAGAGCUUGCAAAGUAUUUCAAUUUCUAGAUAACAUUCCAUUUUUUCUGCCCCAGGGGAGUUCAAUUUCUAAUAUUAUUGAGGCAGUUUUACUAAUAUAUUCUAAAAGGGAUUUUGGGAAUUGAAGACAGUAAGUGUUAGACCAUUAAUUCUACUAUUUGGGGACUCUGGAAUGCUUUUUCCUGUGAAUGGGAUAGCUUGAGUAGUCAUAUUAUAGAAGAAUCCCAUUUCAAAGUUAGAAUGAUUUUUUUUAAAUGUGCACUUUCUACAGUUGAUAAUGUGAGUGCUUAACCUUCAUUGGCCAAGUGCAUCUUUGCUUUUUCUUCCAAGUACACAACUGUCAGGUGUUAAUUUCUGUUGGCCAAGGCAUCUGGUACCUUCAUUUUGCAACUUCUGGUGAAUGCUGAAGAUGCACCUUUUUGCCCUGGCUUUUGACACUUAAAGUGUAUGUUUUUAGGAUCCUCUGUAAUUAUAAGUUGUUUUAAACUGUUUUUAAUGUUGUGCUUUAAUGUUUUACCUGCCCUUGGACCUUGGUGUAAACGGUGGGCAAUAAAUUUAAAAAUACUAAUAGUAGUAGUCUCUCACCCUAGGGUUGAGCCUCAUCAUGGUGGUUAUAAAUUGAGAGGGGUUGGCACCCCUGGCCCCAUUACUCCUCCAAGGGAUGACUCUUUAGAGGUGGUGAUGUGUCACCCAUGGCAGGACUUACUCUUAUGGGCAGAUACCUGAAGAAGCUUCCUUAGACUGCCCCCUGACAUGUCUCGUUCAGCACUCAAACCAGCUUCAUUUCAAACACCCAGUUCCAGGCUACAUUGGCCUUAAAGUGUUUCCCAGGAGGACAAAUGUCUGAAAGGGCUCCCUCAACGCACAGUUCUUUCUGUGGCCUCUGCACGUCUCUUCCAGCUGUGUAAUGGGUGCUGGUUACCCAAAUUGCAAAUGUGUAGGAUGGCAGAGAUAAAAUAUGUAUAUUUAUAAGAAUGUGCCUCAUGAUAAUUCAUAAAAAGGCUGUAGAAUUUUUCAUUCAGAAAUUACCGCACAGCGUGUAAUACACCUUGAGUUCACCUGACUGGAUCUUCUAGAUCCCCCUUGCUUCUGAUCUUACUGAGUGAGACCUAUGCUAUACAGCAUUUGAAAGAUCAGAGCUAGUUCCUUGAAUAGUGCUGGGAACCAAAUUGGCACAUGUAAUUUCCGUAAGUUGAAUGCUGUACUGCAAAUGUCAUUAUCCCACAGAUUACUUCCUUGUCUGCCAAUAUAUGCUUGUGCUGCUUAUCAUAUCAGUGGUGGGGUGGGUAGGGGGAGAGAAACUUAAUUUACAAAAGCUUCCUGAGUUGCCUAGAGUUGAUUCUUGCAUGCCACAGGCAAAGAAAGUGAAUGGCUUUUACAGGGUGGAGCUGAAUAUGUUGAUUUGUCCUUACCUUGGGCAUGUUGAAGCUUCUGAACAGGAUGACAGCCCCGCAUAGAAUACACUCAGCUUACACUCAGGUUACACAUGUAUGGGUGGUGGUUGGUAAACUGGCCACAUCCCUUCUUAUCAGAUGAAACUGAUAGAAUAAGUCGUGACCGUAGCUGCCACUUGAGCAUUAAUUGGCUGUGCCAAUUAAUUUCCCAGACUGUAAAUCUGAUAUAUCAAACAAAAUGAAAGUAGUCUGUAACUGGUUCAGGAUCCAAAUUGUUGCUUGUUGUUUGCUAAGGACUCUGUAAAGUACAGUAGUCUCAUUUACGUACAUGUCUUAUGCAUACAUUUUUUUCUAGAUCAAAAAAUAACCUUCCAAAGCUGGUAUUCUGUGCUUGUACCUUAUAAUACUUUGCUUAGCACACCACCUACUACUCCAAAAACAGCUGAAGAUUUGGAAGAUUUUGAAGGAUAGGUGAGUUGAAAAGUAUAGAGUAGAUUGCUUUACAGUGGUACCUCGGUUUAUGAUCUUACUCUGUUCCAGAAGUCCGUUCUUAAACCGAAACCGUUUAGGUGCGCUUUCCCUAAUGAGGCCUCCCACUGCCAGUGCCCUUCCACCCUUAGGUUUCUGUUCUUAGACCGAGGUAAAGUUUGUAGACCAAGGUAAGCCUCCGGUUUUGCGGAAGUUUGUAACCUGAAUCGUUCGUAAACAGGGCUGUUCUUAAACUGAGGUACCACUGUAUUUGUAAAUAUGGAUUCCAAAUGCCAAGGCUUCUGCAACAGUAGCAGUGGCAAAAACAAAGCGGCAACACGCUAUACAAUAUUAGUAAAAGCAGGUGUUAUUUAGUUUGUUAGAAAGAAGCCUUUUUUAAAGACACACACAGGGGCGCACAUUUUGCUGCUGAUGUUUGCUGGAUGAGAAUGCAAAUAUAAAUUGUUACAGGCAACAUAAGUUUUUAUUGCAUCAUGUCACUAGUUCUGCUUUUAAGAUUAAUUCUGCCAUUUUACUAUGUGUUUUUGUUGUUUUGAUAUAAAUAAAUCAAGAUGCACAAGCCUAGGUGCAUGUGGCAGGAGCGUUCUUUUCUCAGCUUCCACUUUAUGCAGAAGUGGUACAGUCCCUUUUGCCCUUGGGGAAAGAUAAAAAAGGACUCUAUGCCUUAAGUUACACUUCACCUUGUGGCGCAUUCCAGUUCUGUGAUCUUGCAGUCCUAUAUUUCUGAGUUCCUUUGGACUAGUGUCUCAUGCAUUCUGUUCCUGAUGCUUGACUGUAUCAUCCAAAAUAGAACUUUUGCAUCACUCCCUGUUGUGAGAUAUACAGGUUUCCCAAGUGAGGACAGCUUACGUGUCACAUGGGAACAGAGGCGGGGAGGAAGAGAGAUGUAAAAAAUUAUUUUAGAUGAUAAGGGAAGUGGGGGGAACAACAAGCAUAAAAAUAAGGCUAUGAAGUGAUCCUAACAGUUCUAAGCUUUGUUCCGUACUUGAGUACCCAUUUUCCCUUGAAUUUCAGAUUCUCCUUUUUUAUUGGCAGCAAUCCCCAUUUUGCUCCUACCUAACUAAGGUCAGUCUCUCAGAUUAGUUAAAAAUGUUGUGUAACUGGAAGAACUUGCAAGAUAUCAGUGAAUUGCACCUGCUUGCAAUUCCAUCACCAAAAAACAAAAAGCAUGUAAGAUUUCAGUAAAUGUUUCCUAGUCCAUGUCCAGUGCAAAGGAAUAUUUGUGAACAUUUCUGCUGGUUGGUCUUUUUAGCUGGUAAAACGAGUUCUGGACCUGGGCACGAGGUAGCAAGGUACCCAGAGGCCGAUCUGAACUCUCCUUACAGUUAGAAUGGGCUAUAUCUGUCAUUGGGACUACUCUUCAACCAAAUAAAGGACCGGUAUCUAUCAGUUAACUUCUUUCAGUAGAAACAAACUCAGAUUUGUCAAUGGCCUGGUUAAAUGAUUAAUGAUUAUUCCACAGCUGGUUCUAGCAGUAAUGGUUUGGUUGCAAUUUGUGCUAGAGCCUUCAUGUCUGAUUCCUUAGUUCUUAAGUAAAAAGUAAACAAACAUCAUUUUUUUUUAUAGCCUGCCUCUCAAAGCUAUUUUUUACUCUGUAGUGGUUGAAGUACUAAACGCAACCUGAUGAAAUACACAUGUAUAAUUAAGAAGUUUAACACCCCCAUUUGCGCUAGAUUAGAAUGUGAUCAUCUAGUUCACUGCACUAUGUAUGCUUACCUAGGAGUAAGUCAUAGUGAACUUAAUGCUGCUUACUUCUGAGUAGAUUUGCACUGUGAAUUAGUGUUUAAACCUGAGAAAUUAUUUUUACUUGCAUUCAGAACCCAAGGAGAGAUUGACAUGGUAUAGUUCCUUAGGGAAAGAAUUCCAGAGAACCACUAUCUUAUGGACAGCCUCUUAAUGUACCUCUGCAAGAUCUUGGUAGUUCAGACAAGUUUGAGACAUUAAAAGUUAGUCCAUAUUUGUGAUUUGUUCAUAGUUUUCAACUUCACAUUUUGAAGUAGGUCUACAGCUCUCAAGCUACCAUCUAGUAAUGCUUUUUGAAGAGGUUUUUUUUUUGUCAUACCAAGGCCAAUAUAAUCAGUAUAUUAUGUAUUUCAAUUUAGUUGUCCUUUAUUGGAUUACUUUAAAAUACUGUUUUCUACAGUUUCAUUCAGUUUACAUUUUGAGCCAAUUAAGAUAUUGAGUUUGAAACUUGUAGUUGGCAGUCUGCUUUUAAUUAGUUGUGUGAAGAAUUUGAUAAGAUCAUAUGAAUGUGUAUACCAUUUUGUGAAGAUUGAAAAACAUAUGGGAGAAGUCGUGAUAAGAUAUUGAGUCAUAAUAGUACAAUAGACCUGUCAGACUUUGGGUCAGAUUAUGCACGUAAUUUUUAUACAGCUGAUGACUUAACAUAUAUGUCACAAAAUGUUCUAAUCAUACUAAAAUCCCAUUAAAUCUGAAUGGUGCUUCCACCAUUAUGCCCAUGAUAUUACAUUUAUGUCAUGUAUUUGUUAGAUCCUUAGUUCAUACAUGUUUUUUUCUGUUCUGAAAUGUCAUAUUCACUGGUCAAGUAAAAGUAGACUAGAAGCUGCUCUAACUUCAAAUGCUAUAAAAGCCAAAGCAGAUUCAAUGCAAAAGAUGGUAAUUCACAAAUGGCAGAUUUUAUUACAUAAAUAACUAUGUCCUAAACAAUAUAAUCUUUGAUAUAUGGUUAUCUUUCCACUGUUCAAAUGGCCAAUUUUGUUCUGUGCCCAGCACAUAAAUUUGAUGUCAUCAAAUGAGGGUUAGGCUAUCAUUUGAUGUAGAAAAUUAUGGCUCUGUAACUUCUAGCAAGGUCAAAGUGAUCAUGUCAUAGUCUAGAUUAGUUGGCUCAAUGCAGCUAUGGUUGUUAGUCACCAGUCUUUGCAUUAUUUGCAUUCCUGCAUGACAGGUGCCACAUCAGUUCACACUUCCUGAUGAGAAUAUCAGGUAGGUAUGCUUUGUGACAACCACAGGCUAUGGUACAUGUGGGAAGUAUACCCAGAGCUACCUUAUUUGAGAGCAGAACUUCUUGGAAGCAUCUGGUUUAUGUGUUGGCAGGAGUAGUGUUAACUUCCAUUUCCACUAGCUUGAUUGCAGAGUCACCACAGAUUACAGCUGUACUUUAAGACGAACCCUGAAUAUGUGCUGUGCAGUUAUCAGAAGUUGUGGUAGGAUUCUCAUGUCAAACAUGGAUAUUUCUUGUUUACUGUUGGGAGGCAGCAUGCUUCUGAACACCAGGUGUUGAAAACCACUGAGGGGAGAGUUCUUUUGCACUCAGGUCCUGCUUGUAGGCUUUCCGUAGGCAUUGCAUCGACCACUGUGAGAACAGGAUGCUGGACUAAAUGGGCCACUAGGCCUGAUCCAGCAGACUCUUCUUAUGUUCAAACUUCACAUAUUGUAAGUCGCUUGUUAGGCAGUUUCUGAAUUUAUUCAAGCACUCUUCACUGUGCACUGCAUAGAGUAGGGACAGGGAGCCUGUGGCCUUCCAGGUGUUUCUGUAUUUCAGCUCCCUUUGUAACUGGCUGACUGACCGAACCCAAAGGGUGCUCAUCAAUGGUUCCUCUUCAUCCUGGAGAAGAGUGACUAGUGGGGUGCCACAGGGUUCUGUCUUGGGCCCAGUCUUAUUCAACAUCUUUAUCAACGACUUGGAUGAUGGACUCAAGGGCAUCCUGAUCAAAUUUGCAGAUGACACCAAACUGGGAGGGGUGGCUAACACCCCAGAGGACAGGAUCACACUUCAAAACGACCUUGACAGAUUAGAGAACUGGGCAAAAACAAACAAGAUGAAUUUUAACAGGGAGAAAUGUAAAGUAUUGCACUUGGGCAAAAAAAUGAGAGGCACAAAUACAAGAUGGGUGACACCUGGCUUGAGAGCAGUACAGGUGAAAAGGAUCUAGGAGUCUUGGUUGACCACAAACUUGACAUGAGCCAACAGUGUGACGCGACAGCUAAAAAGCCAAUGCAAUUCUGGGCUGCCUCAAUAGGAGUAUAGCAUCUAGAUCAAGGGAAGUAAUAGUGCCACUGUAUUCUGCUCUGGUCAGACCUCACCUGGAGUACUGUGUCCAGUUCUGGGCACCACAGUUCAAGAAGGACACUGACAAACUGGACCGUGUCCAGAGGAGGGCAACCAAAAUGGUCAAAGGCCUGGAAAUGAUGCCUUAUGAGGAACAGCUAAGGGAGCUGGGCAUGUUUAGCCUGGAGAAGAGGAGGUUAAGGGGUGAUAUGAUAGCCAUGUUCAAAUAUAUCAAAGGAUGUCACCUAGAGGAGGGAGAAAGGUUGUUUUCUGCUGCUCCAGAGAAGCGGACACGGAGCAAUGGAUCCAAACUACAAGAAAGAAGAUUCCACCUAAACAUUAGGAAGAACGUCCUGACAGUAAGAGCUGUUCGACAGUGGAAUUUGCUGCCAAGGAGUGUGGUGGAGUCUCCUUCUUUGGAGGUCUUUAAGCAGAGGCUUGACAACCAUAUGUCAGGAGUGCUCUGAUGGUGUUUCCUGCUUGGCAGGGGGUUGGACUCGAUGGCCCUUGUGGUCUCUUCCAACUCUAUGAUUCUAUGAUCCCUGACCCUCGGCCAUGCUGACUGGAACUGAUGGGAGCUGAAGUCCAACAUCAUCUGGUGGUUCAUAGGUUUCCACCUUCUUUGCACAGAUGAAACAUAAAGGACUCCUGCAGCUGCUGUGACAUCUUAUAUGGCAUGGGGGUAGGGGCGAUCAGUGAGUAAAGAAAUUUUAUCACAUAGCUUUGAGUCUUCUAUAAUUCAGAUGCCAUCUUAGCCUAGCUGAACAUUCCUGAUGUUGUAUCACACUCGGUGAGUGGGAACACUUUCUCCCUAUUCCUAUUUUUUGUGAUUAAAAGCUACGUAUGGCAGUCUGGCAUUUUGUUUCUUUCAGGCUUCAAUAGGAAAGUUCCUUGUUUUGGACCUGCAUGUGUUAACUGCAUGCAAAACAAUGCAAGUGGGUCUGUAUCCUCGCCAACAAUGGCCACAUGAUAACCAUGACCAGCAAUCUCAAAGGCACUGAAUACCAUCAUUGUGUCAGCAUCACCAUCUGCCAGCUUAACAUUUGAAGCUGGAUGAGUAGCUGCUGUACUUGUUCAGUGGUGUUGUGCGUGCAUUUUUCUUCAGCAGUGCCACUUUGUUUUAACUUUGAUCACCACUUCGGUGAUCAGUCAUUACGUGUUGGCAACAAUGCGAGUGCUGCCAAUCCACAUUUCCUCACCUGGUCAUUUACUGUAAAUACGUACAAAGGUCCACAAAUUUUGUGUGGCUCCCAAGGGGAAUGAUGGGUCUCAGUUGUGAGUUUGGGGGAUGCUUGAAGUGCCUGUGCAGUUCAGUGCAGCCGUGAGGCAAGUGCUGCUUUCUGCCCCCGUCCUAAGCUGAUAGGUGGAAAACCAGCAAGUUCUCAGAUUCAUUAUGAAGUUAGUGUGAGGUCUUUGCUGUUUUCCAGACUGGAUACGAGUGAGAUGAAACUCGCCAGAAGUAAAACUUCACCAGUGGCAAGCCCAUUUGUAAUCCCCUGAAUAAAUACUACUGAUUAUGUGAAGGAAUAGCAUAUCACAGCUGCAGUUUAACACUUUUGUGGCACGAAAUAUAUAUAUAUAUAUAUUUUAAAAGUCCAGUAGCACCUUAGAGACCAACUAAGUUUGUUCUUGGUAUAAGCUUUCGUGUGCAUGCACACUUCUUCAGAUACACAAAUUGGUUCAUUUUGGCAACAAAGUUGAUCAAACAAUUUUGGCACCUGAACUUGCUUCUUGUAAAAUCAUACAGCAAGGGGAAAGCAUCUUAUUUGUCAGGAUCUUGCAGAUGACCAGAUGGGAGUGUAAUGGGGACUGGUACUCUCUUAUUUAUACUGAGUCCUUUUCGAGAGACAGUAGAGAGUGCCUCCAGGGUGAAGUCAAACCACUGUGUUAGUAGCACCAAAGUGACCUCCUUGAGGCACAAGCCAUGGCAGUGUGUAUGGAUGACGAGACCCCCCCUCUUGGCCUCACUGUGGUCCAAAGGAAAGCAGAGCAAUCGUUUGGCACCAGAUUGGCUGCAGGAGUUCCAGAAGGAGGUGUACAAGGCACCAUCCAACUGUCUUAGGGACUCUACUUAGAUUUGUGUAGGGUUUGCUCCUUAGCUUUUUCUUCUCCUGAAGAUAUCCUUCAAGGCAGCGGAGGUUUAGGAUCAGAGUUUUUCUUCUCCUGGAUGGACUACCUUUCCAGGUUGACGAGCCCCAUCUGCCCCUCAUUUCCCUCUACAGCACAUGCUGUAACUGCAUCCUUGACCAUUGUACCCACUAUAUCUUUGCAUUCAGGGGAAGUUCCUAACUCACCAAGGGUUUGAGACCAAUCUGCAACCUUCACCUUGGUUUAGCCAGUUUAUGGGGUGUUAGAGGACACGUUGUGCUCCUUCUGGGAUAGUUUUUCCACCUUUGGUUCCCACCCUGCACUCAGCUCUCACCUGUGGCUCCGAAAGGCUGUCAGCAUGUGACAGAGGCCACAAUCCUGUGUACAUACUAUUACAAGAAUAAUGCUAUAGAAAAUAGAAGCCCUCAAGUGGAAGUAAUUGUUAUGUUAAAGUUUCCCAUGGAUUUAGUUGUUGGUACUUUAUUUGUAUGCCGUGUUUCCAUUUUAUAAUAAUUACUUGAAUCUUCUUUUAACCAUUCUACUGGGCUUGAAGAAAGGAUUCUAGGUUUAGAUUUAACUGUAUUAUUUUGUUUAGAUGGAAUGUAAUGUGGAGUUGCUUCCCACAAUGUCAUCCUUAGAACUAAAAAUAAAGCAGUUGGAGACAGAUUAUUUAAAAUUUAGCCCAGCACUAAGAAUUACUCACACUCAGUGUACUUACACUUCAGGUGUUAAAAUGUUUAGAAAUGAAAAAUGUUAGAACUAGCAAUGCUGAAUGGGAGUUAGUUUUCUGUUUCAUUGUUACCUAGUAUAUGGGUUGCAAAGUAGGGUUUAUGCAGUCAAAUGCCAUAGUCUUGUGAAUACAAUCAGCAACAAUUCCUGAGAUGAACAGUACUUUUUUCCAGUAUGCCAUUGUCCAUUGCAUUAAAAAAAUUUCUCUGAGCUAAUAUUUCAUUGGGGGCUAAGUUAAAUAGUGUCGCAUGGGAGUAAAAGGCAUUACUUGCCAUAACAGGUUUCAGUGUAACUGAGUUGCUUUAUCAUGUACUGCAGUAAAGCCAUGAUCCUGCAAAGGCUUAAAUCACAUGCUUCACUGUGAUCACACUAGCUUCUCUGGCUUCAAUUACUGGGUGAGUCAUUCCUGAAAAAAGUACUGAAUCCCACCAAGGCUGUUGCUGGCAAUCUUGAAUAUAUUGCUGUCAUGUUAACAUGUUUAAGCAGCAAUUGGAGAGCCUGUGGCCCUCCAGAUAUUGUUAUGACUCCAGUAUGCAUCAGCCCCAGCCAGCACAGCUAAUGGUCAGGGAUGAUGGGAGUUGUAGUUUGCAACACACUUGGAGGACCAAGGUCCCCAUGCCUAUUUUUUAAAGGAUGAAAGGGGCCCUCCUAGUGACAGAACUUUAAAAAUUGUAACCAGCAUUCAAAGACAUGCACAAGUAGUUAUGCAUAAUCAAAUGUUCUUUGGGUUUCUAUUUCUCAGGUAGCAGUCAUGUAACAUUACAGGCUGCCUUAAAAUGGAGAGUUUGAAAAGCAAUCUUGGACUGGGUUGGGGACUUAAGCUAUCACCUUCACACAAUUAAGAAGCAGGAUCACACCUGCCACCGUACCACAUAUUGAGGUAAUGUUUGUACAGUGGUACCUCGGGUUAAGUUUUUAAUUCAUUCUAGAGGUCCGUUCUUAACCUGAAACUGUUCUUAACCUGAAGCACCACUUUAGCUAAUGUGGCCUCCUGCUGCCGCCGGGCCGCCAGGGCACGAUUUCUGUUCUCAUCCUGAAGCAAAGUUCUUAACCUGAAGCACUAUUUCUGGGUUAGCGGAGUCUGUAACCUGAAGCGUAUGUAACCUGAAGAGUAUGUAACCCGAGGUACAUAGAGCCUGCUCUGCACAUGUAGGCUCACCCUGUGAUGUGGCUCCUCUCUGACAUUGUCACUUCCACACGGGGAGGGUAUAAUGCAUGAAGGUGACUGAGGGGUCUCCUGUUCCAAGAGGACAAGUAGCAAUUCCACUGUGGAAGUCCUUGGGUACAACUAUAACAAUUCUUUAAAAUCCAGGAUCUUAUCAAGAAAUUUCUGUGUGCUCUUUCAUAGUUAUCCAUAAAUAUUUGAAUGGCCUUUUUAGACAAAAUAUUUGGUAGUUAGGACACUGCAUGUCUCACAAUAAGGUAGGGGAGUGUUUGCUGAUGUCACACUGAGUUGCGUGAGAAAAGUCAGCAUGAGCUCAGGAAUUAUCCCCUUCCCCAUCAGGAUGACACUUAAAGGGCAGUUGCAGCAAUGAGCCAUGAAUCUGUGAGCCCCUGCUCAUUUGAGAACUUACCCGUUGGAGUUGGUCAGUCAUGAAUUCAGGGUUUGGAUAGCAUUGUCCUUCAAAACGUUGAAAUGUGAAUGAGGGUGUCUGAUUCAAGUACUGUAUUGGCUUGAACAUGAACUCUCUGUGACUUUAUGCAGAUUUAUGGCUUUAUGUGGCUUUAUGACUAUCCGCUAGCUUUACCCUCUUCUAACAAAACCAGGCAGGGGCAAUGGAGGGAUGGAAACUGUAGUUGAGAAGUUCUGCUCUUAAGUCCAAAAUACUGUUUGUAACCGUGGCUGAAGCUUUUGGUGCUCAACAUUUCAAGCUCUCUGGGCCAGGAUUGUUGACAUUUUUCAGUUGCUCUAACAUACUGUUGCUCUUUCCAAACUUAACAUCUGGAUGCAAGUAGGGAAAAGUACAUUGUUUUCAUGCUUGAUGAAACCAGUUUUGAAACCCAUUUAGGAGGGCACUACCAACUUUCAGUGUUCUUAUGUUCUGCUGUGAGCUAAGGCAAAUCUUUUUGUGUGUUUAAUUUUGGAAAUCUUUGCAGACCAACACUUUUCCAACACUUGUCCCUUGCCACAGUGAUCUACUAGGUGAUGGUCCCAGGAUAAGUUUUAGUUUUGAUAUUUUACCCAUGAGAUUGCCAUUAAGUUUGUAAAACUCACUACCACCUUACAGAUGGGUAUGUCAUUUCAUUUCUGUGCAACUGCCUUUGGGUACCUAUAGCCUGCCACAUUAUAAACAAUCUACAACCAUUGUAGGACAACCAUGUCUGACAUGGUUGAUGAAAAUGGGUCAGUAGAUAAAAAUAUACUAGUGUGUAAAAUUCCAGCAGCACAAGAGAAACAGCUGCAUAAGCCCUGUGUCUGGCUAAUCUAUGUUAAGCAUUAAAGUUAGCUGUUGAACAUUUUUAGUUUUCAGUGUCUCAGCACUUGUUUACCUUCUCAUUUGUCUCUGCUGACAUUGUGAAAAAGUUACUACUUAAACGGGGAAUAAAAGAGAGAGCCCCAUUAGUGAUAGGAUAGCUUUGAGAGCCAGUGCAAUCAGUCAUAUUGACUCUAUUUUAGCUAUAUCAGUGCUACCACUCCCCCCCCCCCGACUGAAUGUGCUAAUUAUUCAUCUGAGGAUUGAAUAUCAGUUCUGUUCUUUUCUUUUUACUUUGGGUUUGCAGGUCAACCACAAGUUUAUAUACAAUAAUCUUAAGAUAUUGGAUAAAUCACUAUUUCAGAGGUUAAAAAUAAAUUUUAAAUAUUUUAUUGAUUGGUUUACAGGUCACCUUGUAAUGGAGUUUUCAGAGUGCUUUGCAACAAGAAGAUAGACAAUAGACAUAGUGUUCUUGCAUUGGCAACCAAUUUACUUUUUGUAAUUUGAUUUACGUCAACAAUAGGGCCAAUAAGAUGUAAUGAUACAAUAUGUGUGUUGAACUAGUUUGUAAUAAGAAUGCCAAAAUACAAACAGUGCUUUGGAAAGUCAAUUUAUUAUUUAAAUGUAAUGGAAUUUUAAAAUUGCCUAUCUACACCAGAUAAUCUUAAAAAGGCAUAUCAAAGUUUUUAAAACAAACAAAUCAGGUGGAGACCAGUGUUGUGAUAAACAUGGACCAAGGAUUUGGUCACAUGAACCAGUGACUUGGCUUUUUAUGGGUUAGUAGAAAAUAUUUACCCAAGUCAAAUGUUUAAUUGAACUUUGUUAUCCUUAGUGCAUCAAGCACUGUGGAAUCCCAAGGCUUCUGUCUGGUAUGACUGUUUUUAUUCAUGGAGUUGUUAGAAAAGACAGUGUAAUACUGCAGGUAGGUUGGCAUUUCACAUAAGUGCUACAGUACUUUUAAAUACUGGCUUGGAUCCCAAGAUAAGUUAACCUAGAUCAGGGGUGCCCAAACUUUUUUCAAAGAGGGCCAGAUUUGAUGAAGUGAACAUGCGUCAGGGCCAACCAGAGUUGCUGAGCUUUUUAAAGGCUUUUACCCCAUAGUUAGUGACCAGAUGACAGAUCACGUGGAGACCCCAUAUGUUGAGUGGUGAAAGAAAGGCAUGAUAUAAAUGUACUAAAUGAUGAAUGAUAAAGCCACUUCAAAUACAAUGGGUUAAUACUUUUUAAAAACCCCACAACUUCUCUUAGUUUUCAAGAUGAUCAGUCAGUGCUGACUUGCAUUCCAUAUAAUCACACCCCAAACAUUGUUCUGUGCAAACAAUUUACUACUUGUUAAAGAAAAAAUGCUAGAACAUGGAUGAAGGACAGACCUGUUUUCCAGUUGUUGUUUUUUGGGGAAUUUAGUACAUGGUCGAAGAUUUGAUGUUCAUAUAAUAUGAUUUUAAUCCUCUUUUAGUGGGUUCAUGACCUGUAUGCUAAAUUGUUCCAGAAGUAUGUACUUUUCCUGGAUAAGAGCCUUGAUUUUAUGUGAACAGGCCCUGGGGCAGAAGUAAGAUAAUGUGAAAGGGAAUAUUGACACAAGAAAAGAGACAGGAAGUGGUUGAAGGUUGGUUUACUAAACCAGGGAUUAAGAGGAUAAACAAGGGCCUUGUUCCAGGCAGUAUUCCAUUCCCCUGUGGUGCAGCUGAGGAAUUUUCAUCUUGAUAUGAUUGGAUGCAAAAUUGAAGUUUCAUUCUGUAUAAUUUUUUAACAAAAGGAAUGGUAGGGAAUGUUCCUUCCCUCCAUUUUUUAAAUUGCAAGGUGAUUUUGGAUCAGGGAGGGCAUAUGUCAGGCACCAGCAUAGCAGGAGUUUACCCAAAGAUAGUUACAAUAGACUGCCACCAUUAAGACUAAACGUCCUGACAAAAACUAUGCUUUUUCAAAUCUCAUAGGAUGACUAACCUUAGCAGAACCCUGAGGACUAUCAUUAGAAUAUAAAGGGUAACUUAAUCAUUUAGUUCAACACCUGUGGAAGAUAUUUGAUGGGGACUGAAGCAUUUUGAUAGACUAGCACGUUCCUAAAAAUGGUCGUGUUUCCUACACACACACACACACACACACACUCUGUCCUUACAGUGUUUAGUCUUAAGGACCUGAGUGAACAGUUUCCUGUCUCUAAUAAGACAUCACUUGAUGUGGGUUGCUUGUCAUUAUCUCUUCGUAGAUCAUGAUUUGGCAUUUUCCACCUGCAGCAAAGGUAGUAGCAAUCUGCUAAAUAGGUAUUUCCCCCUAUUCCCCCCACACCCUGUCAUUCACAAUUCCAGCUACAGAGAACUUAAACAGUCUUUUGAAACUGAAAUAUUUUCAACUGCUUCAUCAGAUGAAAAACGUUUGCAAACAUCCCAGUUUAGUGCAUGUGGAGUUACCUAGCAUGCAUAUCUGAGAAAUUCAUAAUGGCAGCUGGCUUGGAAUAGAAGUAUUUCUCCAGCUCUAGAAAAAUUGCAUUUUAAUUAAAACACUAAACCGCUUAUUAUUCUGAGAGAAUGAGGACAGGGACAGUCCUUCACCUUAUUUUUAUAUAUUUUCUUUCUGCUGCUAUACUUAUUUGUACUAUAAACUAGUUUCUAUAGGUGGCCUAAAUUGCCUUAAUGACAGAGGGUGGAAGCCAACAUUGUGCAAGCAGACCGGCUCAUGCAUUGAGACCCCUCCCUCAUCUCCCCUGCAGCCAUCUGUAUGCACCUAAAAUGUGCUUUGUAGGGUCCAUCAACCCUACAGAAAUGUUCUUGUGGAAUUGUGGGUGACAGAAAGAGAGGAAGGUGAUCCCCUGUUGUAUGAGUAGAAGUCUGUUCCACUUGUGCAUGGACAGUUUUGGAUACAACCGAAAUAAUUACUGUGCAUUGUAGGCAGAUAAGUACUGUAGUACAUGGGAAUAGUGGAUCUAUACUUUUAUUUUAUUUUAUUCUACUAUUCUAUUUGUAACAAACGGAUUAAUAUAGUUCAGUUGAUGGCUGAAGCAUAUUGAUUAUCUCAGUGUUCAUAGAAUUAUAGAGUUGGAAGGGACUCCGAGGGUCAUGUAGUCCAACACCCUGCAAUGCAGGAAUCUCAACUAAAGCAUCCAUGACAGAUGGACAUCCAAACUCUGCUUAAAAACCUCAAAGGAAGGAGAGCCCACCACCUCCUGAGGGAGUCUGUUCCAUUGUCUAACAGCUCUUACUGUCAAAAGUUAUUCCUGAUGUUUAGUCGGAAUCUCCUUUAUUGUAAAUUGAAUCCAUUGGUUCAGGUUCCGCCUUCUGGAGCAGGAGAAAACAAACUUACUUCAGUUUCCAUGUGACAGCCCUUAAGAUUCUUGAAAAUGUCUAUCAUAUCUCCUUUCAACUCUUUUCCCGGCUAAACAUUCUCAACUCCCUCAACUCUUAGUUUCCAUACCCUUUAUCAUUAUGUAAAUUAUUUUGGUUUUUUACUCAGUUUCGUUGUGGUGGUGUGUGUGUGCGCAUUUAUUUUAGUGAUAAGAUGUCAAAAGCGCCAUCACUAACACCUUGAGCCAUCAGAUGUAGAAAUAAUGAAAUCAUGCAGCUCUAAGUAGAGAAUUAGCCAUUCUAACAUCUUCUCUAAGAUUCUGAGCAUAAAUAUAUCCUUUAGGUUUUUCAUGUAUCAGACUGAUAGGACUAGUGGUGAUAUUAUUGUGAAUUGCAACCCAAAACUUGUGGAUUGUAUCUAACAUAAGUCAUUCUUGGAGUAGGCCCUUUGAAAUUAAUGAACAUGACUAAUAUGGUUCCAAUAAUUUCAAGGGCUGUUAUCUUGAGAUGACUAAUAUUGGCUACAACCCUAUGAUUAUUUGUAGGCUAUGGCCCAGAUCCAAAGAUAACAUUGUUCCAUGAGCCCACAUCAAGAGUGACUGCUGCUCCAAGUAAAAGGGAAAAAAGGAGCUGGGUGCAGGCCCCCUCCAUUUGUCUAUGUAGCUUUUAGAAUCCUGGCCAGAGUUUCAGGAGUAUAUAAAAACUUCAAAAAAACCCCGGAUAUUUCAUUGUAUAGAUUAAUUUGUUCUCCUUUCAGUCCACUUCGUAUUCACAAAAAGCAGGCACACUUCUUGUAUUAUUGGUGAAAGGACAACAUGUACAUCUCCGCUGUGACAGACUGUGCAAAUUCCAAAUGUGUGUGUUUAUGUGCAUUGCUUCCCACAGGUGAGAUGUGCAAUUUUCCCAUGCUACAACAUGGAGCAAGAAUAGAGGCAUAAGUAAGCCUUGCUUCCUUGCACACUGUGCUGUAAUGUCGAAAGCAGAGGUCACCAACCUAAGGCCCAUGGGCCGGAAGCGGCUCGCAGAGGUCGUUUGACCAGCCCACGAGCCGCCCCCUAACUGAGCAUAGUUUGUGGCAAUUCUCAGGCCUUUUUUUUUUUUAACCUGUAGUUUCUACUGCCUGACUGGUUUCCAGUUAAAUAUUUGCAUUAUUUGCAGAUUAAAGCCACUGCUGGCUGUAAUUUGCAGAUAAUGGCGUUAGAACAGCUGAAAUCUAUGAAUGGCCUGACUGAUGGAAAUAUUCAGGCUUGAAAUUGUGAGCCCAUAGAAUUGUGCCAAGUUUCACUGUCCAUCCCCACAUUGUUCCAAUGAAGGUUUUUAUUUACGUUUGUUGUAAACUGAGCAGUAGCGAUUUGCUUCCUGACCCAGACUGUGGGCUAUUUUCAUUUGUGUCAGGUGGGGACAGGCAUUCUUUGUCAUGACAUUGUGACCUCUGCUCUGUCAGCUUCAACUGUCCUUUUGUUUGCGGCAGGAGUAACCAACCCAUCAGCAUUUUUUAAGCACAGGCUUUUCUGUUGUAUCCUAUCGAGAACGCUGGAAGUCCAGUCAUGAAGUAAUUUAAGGAAACAUUUAUUAAUUAGCACAUGCAUAUUUGAUGGCUAGGCUGCUAAAGCAUUAAUUGUUACCCGUUUUGUACUCGAAUAAGUAAACUGUAAAUAUUGCUUGAAAAGGUUUACUGAGUUACAGAAUGCUACUCAUAUUUUAAAUACCUUCAGGUCUGUACUUCAAGCACUUUACCUACAGGUGGCUUGUGUUACUUGUAUCAGAGGUUGUUGACCAAACUACUAAUGAGAGUUGGAUCCUUUUUGAAACCAUAGAGUAUUCAUCAUAGAACUACUGGAAAAAUACAAUGUAAAAAUAAACUGAUCCUAAUCUCUGUGGAGUUCAGUUGUGCACUGAGAUCCCAUAUGAGUACUGUUAACUUCAGUGUGGGGGCCAAAAGAUAAGAGAAUGUUUCCUCUGCAUGGUUAGAUCUCUUUUUAUCAUUUGUAAUUACAUGCACACGACAGUUUAGUUUUACCAGGACAAGCUUCAACAAGGCUACAUUCUGCCUCUCCUGUGGCCCAAUGGCAAUGAAAAGUUUCAAAGUGGCUCCAUUUUUUAUUAGCCGCAGACCAAAAACUCACUAAUUUUUACUAUUGUUAGCAAAAAUGAGCCAUUUUCAUAAACUAUGAUAUGAACUUGGCUUGCUUCCACUAAUUACAGUUUGUCUUGGGUUUAUACAUCACAGCAACCUGCACUUUGUCUAAAAUGGAAGCAGAUACUUCUGACCUCCUCACAGCAGUGUCAGAGGCAGACAUGAGUGGCUCACGAACAGGAUUUUGACUCUGAAUACAAGUUGCAAAGUUUCUUUCUAAAAAAAGUGAGAUGAUAAUAGGAAGUAGUAGAAAGCACUGUACAGUCUUGUUCAAUUGUGGUGCCUGCUUGCUUAGGCUAAGCAGUCCUAAGCUUUGUUUUAUUGCUCCUAACUACAGACUCUCUCUUUUAAACUUUUUUACAGGUGAAGGAAUUGUAGAAGAAGAGGCGUGCUUAGGUUGCAACCAUGCCAUUUCCUUUUGGCAAAUCACACAAGUCUCCUGCAGACAUAGUGAAGAAUCUGAAGGAGAGUAUGGCAGUGCUAGAAAAGCAAGAUAUUUCUGACAAGAAAGUAGAAAAGGUAUGUUUUUGCAUUUGCUUUUUUGGGGAUCUGUUUUAAUACAAAUAUGUGCUCUUCAUGCAGGAGAAUAAUGUACUGGCUAUGUAUUAGUUUUGUAGAGAGCUUGUGUCUUCUCCCUUUUCUAAAGUAACGCUUCCAUGAACCCAUUACCGUUCCUCUUUGUUGAUGCUGGCACCCAAAUGCUUCAAAUCUUUGUAAGCAGCCUAUGUGGACAUGGACAACUCCCCAGUGCUGAUGCUGUUUCCAACCUACACUAAUUUAUUUUCUGUCACUACUACCAUCAUGCCAUCUCAAACCUACUCUUUCCUGAGCCUAGCCUGUAUUCUCACCUGAUUCUUUCCUAUCUCAGACCCACUACUCAGUAAUCAGUCGCUUGAGAUUGCCCACCAGUAUGAGAUGUAAGUGUCUAUUAACAACUUUGAUGGGUGUAGUCGUAGUCAUCUUCUCAAGCCACCAGACUAUAGGACAUCUCAGCAUAAAUGUUCUUGAAAUUGCUUAGUGCAAGUGCUAGUCUGAAGUUUCUCCCUUAUGUUGAAUGCAGUACUUGAAAAACUUAGAAGUCCUUAGUCUGUGCAACAGUUAAAGGAAUGGCUGAAACAUGGAUCUUCACAACCCGGUUUGUAAAUAUGUAUAUUCAGUUGCUGAAAAAUACCCAUAGUCUCACUGAUGCAGAGGAGAAACUAGUUAUAGCAUAGUUAAGGGAUAUAAGGUUUCUCUCCAAAACAUUUUCAGUUAACUUCAAAUAUAAGUAGUGUCUUAUCCACCCCCACUGCAAAAAUAAUAAAUAAUAAUAAAUUCAUUGUGUCUCCCUUGGAGAGAUGGACAGAUAGUUUUGAAACAGGUGCUUAAGCCAGAAAUACUCCCAUGCCGGAUGACUGAAUCAGAGGAAACAUUACUUUGAAAUUAGCUGUAUGGCACAACUUUUUGAAGACCAACUUGGGGACACCAACUAGGAACAUGGAAGGAUCAAAACUCUCUUUGGUAAUAAGCAUAAAGAGCCACAUUUAACAUUUCCCAAAGUCAAAGGAGUCAAGAUCUGGACAGCUUGGAGCCCAGUUACACCAGGGGAGAGGAAGUAGUAUAUAUUCAGGCAACUGUAGAGAACUGGGGUGCCGAUGGUGGAUGCAUGCAGGAACUUAAGUAACUGUUCUGGAAGGAGUGGCACAGAAAAUGUAGCAGCUAUAGAAGUAUAUCAAAUGAAGCACUGCUUUUUUGUUGGGGAGGGGAUAAGGGGGGGUUGGCAGAAAUAAGAAUGAUGAUGGUGAUGUUUUAAUAUACAGUGGUACCUCAGGUUAACUACUUAAUUUGUACCGGAGGUCUGUACUUAACCUGAAACUGUUCUUAACCUGAAGCACCACUUCAGCUAAUGGGGCCUCCUGCUUCUGCCGCGCCGCUGGAGCACGAUUUCUGUUCUCAACCUGAAGCAAGGUACUUAACCCGAGGUAAUAUUUCUGGGUUAGCGGAGUCUGUAACCUGAAGCGUAUGUAACCUGAAGCGUAUGUAACCUGAGGUACCACUGUACUUAAAAGGGAGCAUAAUUUCAUGAAGAUAGAAAUUAAUUUUGGGGGAAAGGCACAUUUGUAAAAGCUGGAAAAAACAAAAUGGCAUUAAAUGGAAAAGGAGUUCUCAGUUAUACUAAAGGUUGUUAUAAUUGUUCUGAAAUGCAAGCUAAGCUGCCUCCAGAGUCACUUUUGAAAACCCAAGUUUAUUGCUUAAUUUGCAUCUAUUUUUCUAUGGCGGGCAUGUUUCAAACAAGUUUUGACCAAGUUCCACAGGUGUUGAAAUGAUCACCCACUGAUCACCUGACAGGACCCUUGAGAAUCUAUGAUUUGAAAAAUAUGGUGAAGUUGGGGUCUUUUUUUGGCCCUUUGUUUCGCCCCUUUACUUAUUUUGCCAUUUCAUCUUCAAAACAAUUUCUGGUGUGCUUUUGUGUGAGAGAGUACACAUGGAUGUGACACAUGCACACCCAUUUGUACAAUGGACUUAUGCUUCCACCAGUGGAACUCCCCUCCCAGCACCCCCUUCAAAAAAUCAGCUCCUAAGGGUUUAGGACUCCCAGCAUACGUUUCUUAUAUUCCUGUAAAUUAGCCUUCUUCAACCAGAUGUUAGACUCCCAACUCCAUUAGUCCCAGCUGGCAUAUUAGUGGUAAGGGUGUUGGGAAUUGUAGUCCAAAACAUCUGGAGGGCACCAUGUUGGGGAAGGCUGAUAGUAAAUCAAAGCAAACUUUAAAUAAUUUGUGGUCAAUCAUUGAGGAUGGGUUGGAAAAGCUAUUUUUAAAAUGCAGAAUUAAAAAGGCACAUCAGAGACCAGCCUUUUAGCAAUCACAGCCCAAUCUGCAGUCCUGUCACAUAAUUAUGGGCUGAGCUGUUAGUUUUAUUUUAAUUUGUUUGCUUUAGAAGGCUUUUAAAUGUGGCCCAGUUGGUUAAAUAGCUGUUUUCUGGGAUGUUGUAGGAAAAUAUUUACACAGCAAUGUUCACGCGCAGGUCAGUUUUCUCUCAGUCAACCAGUACAGUUUAUAAGCCUAAAAUCCCACUUUUCUACACCUUGUUGUGGUGUUCUAUACUUCCAAAUCUACAGGGAAACGUGGCUCUGGUUUGCACAACAGAAUGUGUGGAACUUUUUUGCCCACAUAGCACUGCAGGUUGUGCCUGCAAAAAGAAAUUGUAACACCCUACAAAAUAAUGUGCCUCUUAUAAGUAGUAUUGGGGGUUGGGGAUGCACAGACUGCAAGAAAUUAAAAGACUGGUGUUAAUAUAGCCAUGCAAGUAUAAACAUGAAUGGCAUUUCCCUUUAUAAUGUGCCUAUUCCCUAGUGCUCUUAACUUCUUGGAGUUUACCCUGUGAAGCCGUUGGAUGAAAGUUACUACCCUAGCGGCGGCUAAUUGUUUUAUCUCUUGGGUGGUUGGAGCAAAUUAAAUUAUCUUGAAGCUGAUGUCACUUGCUUCUGGAACCAGAACUAAAAUCACUGUGGGAAUUAGGCAUUCAGAUUCCGGCAAGGGUUUAGUCCAUUGGUUGUUUAUGCUCUUCACAAUAGGAUAACUAUUGUUCCACCUGGAAUUUUAAUUAGUAAUGGUGGGAAGAGUGUUGUGCCAUUCCUUUCUGGCUGCAAGAAGCUUGAUCUUCCUAGCUACUGCCUUGGGAAUCCAAAAAACAAUAUGGACUUAUUUGUCCGGGUGGCAGAAGCUCCUGUGGAAAAGAAUUGAGCUAACUACACAGUUCCUUCUAUUUCUAACGAAGCUAUAACUCUUCUCAUUACAAUUUUUCCUCUCUUCUCAAUUGGCAAAAUAUGAUAUAAUUUUCAGUGUGUCUAAAGUACUACUCUUAGAAAUAAGCUAUGCUACUGAGAAGAUAGAUACCAUGUUUAAAGUUUUGAAGCAGAUGUAAGUCAUCCAUUUUAUGGAGGAUCAUGUUAAGGAAACAAUCCUGUUAAACCAAUCUUCAUGGUUGUGUCGUGUUUUAUAAAUGGUACUGUCUACCGCACUACCUGAUAUGCUGCCUCUUAAGCUUCCUUUCAUUUUUUUAAAUAAAGAAGGGCAUUCUGUUUCACAUUUUAUAUACGCCUUAAUAUGUGAAAUGUGAUACACAAAUGCACUUAAAGAUUUCAUGUACAAUCUUCUGAGGCCCUUCUUCGUGUGCUUCCUCCAUGAGACGUCUGGAGGCUGGCAACACAAGAACUGUCCUUUUUUCAGUGGCUCCCCACUUGUGGAAUGCUCUCCCCAGGGGGGUUCACCUGGCGCCUUCAUUAUACACCCAUAGGUGCCAGGCAAAAACUUUUUUCUUUAACCAGACCUUUGGUUUAUUGUCAUCCAGUGCCCUUUUAAAAUGGGGGGGUUGGGGGGGUGUUAUUCGGUGGUUUCUGUUUUUAUUUUGAUUAUAUAUAUUGUGUUUUUAUAUUGUGAUUUUAUCUUGUGAACCACCCCAAGACCUGCAGGUGUAGGGCAGUAUAUUAUUAUUAUUAUUAUUAUUAAGCAUUUUCCAUAAGAAUUAUUUAUUAACUUGGGUGUCACAAGAAAACUGUCACUGGAAAGUAACAUGUGGUAGAGAUAGCGGCUUCAAAUUUUUAAAAGUUCUCUCUUUCCUAUAUGGUUGAUACACACAGCUUCCAGUUUUUUACUCAAGGGGUACAAUAAUUACUCAAAAUAAGAAAUGAGCAGCUGUUUCUGGUGCUAUCCCAUUCUUCCUCUCACCAGAGUCCACAGUAGCAUAUUGUUGCCUCCCCACUGACCUCAGUGAAUGUGUAUUGCAGAAGUUAGUAGCACUGAAACUCACACGAAUUGCUCAGUUUAGGAUUCUCCAUAUAUGUGCAUAUCUUCUGUACAGUGUGCAACCCUGCACAUUGACGUGCACAUAUGCAACGGAACUACUUCAGAUUUGCAGUUAUCUCAAAACUACUAUUUACCUGGCAAGAGGUUGAACAACCCUUCUGUAAGCUAAGCAUUUUUGAUUGAAUAGAGACCAAAUGCUCUCCACCCUGCAGUGCUCACAAAGUUCCCGUUUAUAACCCCUGUGCAUUAAACAGCCCUGGUCCCAAUUGGGGCUGGAAAGCAAGAUUGUGCAGCCUGUAGAACUGAUUGCUAUUUGUAACAGGGCAGGCAAGAGGGAUUUGACGGUUUCUUAAAUACCUGUUUUUCCUGCUUAAUAUAGCGCUGCUUAUGGUCUUUAACAGCUGUUUUUCAUGUUAUGCCAAAGAACCUGUUGAAACAAUAGGAAAUGCCAGAUCAUUAAUCCUACAUCCUCUUAACCAAUUUGAUGCUGACAGCAUAUGUAAGUGUGCACUAAAUCUUUUCAAAUGUGAGUUGCAAUUUCCUACUCAUUGGCAGCCUCCCUGCUGUAUCAGAAAUCCUUUUGACCAGAUCAACUCCUGUUUUAAGUUUCUGGAAAGGCUGAUGAUCUCAUGGCUUAAAAAUACUGUGGGUAUUUGAAUUUUGGGACAGUUCAGUAUUGAAUUCUCCCUAUUUUUGAGCUCAGAAUGACAUUUUUUCCACAACUUCCCCCUUCCAAAGCAAACAAACCUUGUUUUUUGUUUUUGUGUGUGUUGUUGUUUUUUAGAAGAGAGAGUGAUUAAUCAGCAUGAAGGCAAUGAUUCUCCUAAAUAUCCUCAGGAAUAUCACUUCCUCCUAGGGAGCAUGGAAUGAAUAGUUUUUCUACCUAGAGCUAUUAUUAUAGAAAAAGAGGUGCCAGAACUCACCAUGAACACCUCCCUUUUUCUCUUAUGAUGGCAAUGCCAUCCACCUGAGAGGUGCCAGAACUGAGUUCUGGCAAGCUCCAGCUGAAAAAAAGUCCUUCUUCCUGAUUGAGUUCUAGGAACAGAGAACACCUCAAAUUUCAUGUUUCUCGAUGAAAUGAUGCCAUUACAAAUAGUGAGAGGUUGGAAAGCCCUUUCUCUCACUUGCAAGCUGUCCCUACUGGCCCGUCUCUCCUCUCCUCAAACAGAUGGCCUUGGGAGGCGGCAUGCUUCACCUAUUUGUUUAGGGUGGCAUUUUCUUGUGAUAUUGAUUGCAGGUAAAUUUGGCAAUGGUGAUUUCUUGGGUGAGGUUGGAAAAACAAUCAACAUCCUUAGGUUUUAGAUGUCUUCCCUGCAUGGUGUGGAUUUUACUUGCAAUAAUGUAGGAGUGAGGAAAUAAUAUUAGGGUUUUUUUGUUCUUCAGCAUGUCACUUUGUGUUAGGCUAUCUCUGGACAAUUUUGUGUAUGUUGAUCUAUUUCCAGCUUCUUGGUUUACCUCAGCUUUAUUUUUAAACUGCCACUGUGCUGGUUUGUGGCAUAUAUAAUUGCUCUUGGUGCAGUAAAUAUUUACUUAGUCAUAGAACAGACCUUGUUAGCACUCUGACUCCCCCCCCCCUUUCUCUCUCUAACCUUUAUUCAGUGUGUAACAUCCUUGACUUUCAGCUAAAGUAUGGCAUUCAUGGUCCUUUUGUGGAAUAUGUUCAGAUGACAGCUAGCUUCCCCCACCCCAACUAAAUCGUCCCAAUUUCCCCCCAUUGUAGAGUGUCAUGGGAUUACCAGUUAUUCUGUAGCUUAGUCACUCUCCCCUGGUUGUGGGAAUGUGGCACACUGAACUCUCAUCCCCACCCCAGGAUUUUGUGAUCUGGCUGAACUACACCAGUGAAAUUGUGUAUUUUAAAAAUGUAUUGCACUUUAGCCAUCUGAAGCUCUCUGUGUUUUCAGCACAUAACAAACACCACUUAACUAAUUAGGAAUAAUUUUAUUCAUUCAGUGUAUAACCAGGAGGUAGGUAUGCGUAGGUGGGCAGAAGUUGGGGCUGUAAUUGUAUCAGUGAAAUAUGUGUUGAUGUUCAUUGUUCAUUUUGAUAUCUGUUGCAUGUUUUGGUCUCAAGCACAUACUAAUGAGUAGCUUGGUUUUGGCUUUUGAAACAAUUACAGCUUUUAUGUUUUUUCCUUGCUCAGGCUACUGAAGAAGUUUCCAAAAAUUUAGUUGCCAUGAAAGAAAUCUUGUAUGGCACAAAUGAAAAGGAGCCUCAGACAGAAGCUGUUGCUCAGCUUGCUCAGGAGCUAUACAACAGUGGUCUUCUUAGCACCCUAGUAGCUGACCUACAACUCAUUGAUUUUGAGGUAAGAAAAUGUUACACAGACUCAUUGCAGCUUCAGUUUCAGAUUCAUGUUGCUUUACAAAACCAUGUUCCCCAAAGAGAUCUUCCUAAUCUGUAGUUUGGAAAGUGAUGGAGAAUAUAUGCUCACACAUAAAAUUUCUGGAUUUAUUAAUUAUUAAGGAACAUUUAAUACUUUGACAGUUGUUUGACUGUAACAUCAAAAGAACUAUAUUGUCAUAGCACAUUUUAUACCCAACCUAUUACUGCAGAUUAACUCCUAGUCCUGGAAAGGUAAAGCACACAGGAUCCCUCAUGUUCAAAGAGAAGUAAAACCGCUCAAGGCAUCCUGGGUCAUGAUCCUGGGGCCACAGUUUUGUGGAUCCACUCCUACUAAUUUUUGCUGCUGCCCUAGAUCAGGAAUGGGAAAAUAUGCUAUGUGAUUGGUAGGAUUUAGAAGAACAUCAGAAGAGCCUUACUUAUCUAGUUCAGGAUACUGUUUUCACAGUGUCCAGCCAGAUGUCUAUGCAAAGCCUGAAAUUCAUGAUUCUAAAUGAGACAAACUUUGUAGAGGGAGGGGGACACUCAGCUCAUCGCAUGCCUGCAGACUUUUGUAGAGACGUAAUACUGAGCCUGGAGAUCUGGGGAGAGUGAAAUUUCAGCAGUAAUUUCUGUGAAAGGAGAAGCUGUGUGUGCAUUGUAAUGUUUCACUUGAGCAAAAUGGCUCCUUUUUUAAUGGCAUUACAACAGAAGCCCUGCAGGUGGUGUAUCUGAUUGUGUGCAUUUGGAACCUUUGUGGCUGCACAGGAUUGCUAGAUUUUGGUGAACUUGCUCAAGGCACGUUAGCUAUGCUUAUUGGUACUGAGGUGACAACUCUGUUGUCAUUUUGAUUAUCUGAAUAGUGCAUGAAUGUAAAUUGGAUAAAGGCUUCUGCUAUUCCAAGAAGUAAUAUACAGAGAAUUCCUUUUAAUUCUCUGUGAAACAGAGCUGUUUGUUCUUUCAAUGGAUCCUGGUAUGAUGAAUUUACUUUGGAAUGUCAACUCUCUCUGGUCUCUUCUGCUUAUUGUCAUACCUGACACUGUUAUGAAUGAUAUUUUCCCCUUGGAGGUGCAUUCCAGAAUAGAUUAAUCAGGAAGUCCACAAAGCCACUGUGAUGUCUUAUAAAACUAGAUCCUUGUGAUCUGUUAAGGGAAAUUUUAAAGUCGAAAUAACAUUGUAUAAAGUUCUAGAAAACACUCAUAUGCUAAAAAACCUUAUUUCUCUUUAAACAAAUGGCUUUCUUAAACCACAUUCAUUCUGUUAACCAGUUAUUUCUGUACUGUCUCCUUUGAGGUUGCCUUUUCCAUAUAUGCUUACUGAGAAACCCAGGUCUAGCAUAGCAAGAGUUUUUGUUUGUUUGUUGUUUCAUUUUAAUUUUUGUAAGUCCCCCGUGAGUCCAGGUUCUGAGGAAAAGGUGGGAUAUAAAUUGUUUUUGUUUAUUAAAUUUAUAUUCCAAAGGGCAGUUUACAAUACAAAAAGACAAAAUUCAAAACCUAAAAGCACAACAACAACAACAUUUUAAGGCCAUAGAUUGUUUAAUCAGCCCAAGGCAUGGUCAGAGAGGAAUGAUUUUGCCUGGCAUGCCUGCCUGGGGAAAGAGUGUGUUCACAAACGGGGAGCUACUGCAGAAAAGGCCCAUUCUUGUGUUCCUACUCCCCAGACAUCUCAUGGAGAAGGCACACAAAUAAGGGCCUCAGAUGAUGAUCAUAGUGUCAGGGUCUGUUCAUAUGGGGAGAUGUUGUCUUGAAGUAUUGAAGUCCUGAGCCGUUUGAGGCUUUAUAGGUCAAAACCAUCACUUAGAAUUGGACCUUGAAACCAAUUGGAGGCCAGUGCUGUCAGGCCAGAAUUGGAGUUACAUGCUCAGACCAUCUUGCUGCUGAAUUCUGCACCCUCUGAAGUUUCUGAACUAUCUUCACAGGCAGCGCCACGUAUAACACAUUGCAGUCAUUUAACCUAGAGGUUAGCAGAGCCUAGACAACAGAAGUUAUGCUAUCCCUGUCCAGAUAGGUGUGCAGCUGGGCCAUCAGCCAAACUGUUGGAAAGCACUUUGCACCACCAAGGUGGUCUAAACCUCCUGUGAUACUAAUGGAUCCAGAAGUUCCCCUAAGCUGCAUACUUGGUCCUUCAGAGGCAGUGUAACUGCAUCAAGAGCAGACCACCUCCCAUCCAUACACUAACAGUGCCUCAAUCUUAACUACAAUAAGCUUCAGCUUGUUGGCUCUCAUCCAGUCCACUAAUAAUAAACAUAAUUACUUUCCAGAGGUAUUAUUUGCUUAUGGAAGGGAUAUUAGGUGUUCUAGGUUUGAGGUGUGCAUUUACUCUUCUUCAAUAGAUGUCCAGUGGUUUGUGGGCAGACAGAUCUUCAGGGUGUUGUGUAUGGACCACAAAAUACCUUUCAUAUCUAUUAAAACGAAUGCCCCCAGGGAGUUACUUCAACUACUUGAGUGAUUUUUUUUCUUGGUUUCUUCUGAAAACUGUUGAAUGCCUUCUUCUGCUUGGGUCAGUACUAGGAGCUUUUAGUCUUCACCUCUGCCCAUGAAGGACGUGUGUUUAUCAUCAUAGUGACAAAGUUACAUCAUUGGAAGUGGUAAAUAGUUCAAACAAUGAUGUAAUUGUGUAUUAUUGUGAACCAUCACCAAGUUCAUUAUGCGGCUAACAAGGAAAUACUGUUACUAAUGGCAAGUCCGGAAAGAAUAAUGAGACCCUAGGCAAAAUUGGCUGAGCUGGUGAAUGACGCUUGACUGUUGUGAUACGUGGGGUUUGGGUGAGGCCGCUUCCAGAAACACUGUCCUACUCAUUGCCGGAACAAAGGGCUCUGGUGCUGCUUUGGGCCAGCUUACAAUGGAAUUGGAAUUUAGAAAAUCAUUUGUCUUUUAAAUACUUAACAUUUAUUUUCAGCAGCUCAACAUCCAACUAUUCGUGCAGGUGGGUGGGUAGAAAACUUCAAGCACCACCACCCCCUUUGCAGCUUCCAUUUGGUGUGGAUAAUGUUUACAGACAGCUACUGGUGGCAUGGGUCUCUUUCCAUGAAUGAUAACAGCACUUUUUCCUUGGCUGGAUGCCAUUUCUCCAGUUUGAGCCCAUGUGAUUGUUUUCACCCAUAUUGUUUGAGACUCUUGACUGUUACCUCAGCUGCAUGGGAGCUGCUCAUAGUAAAAUGGCUCUCAUAUACUGAGAGUAACAUUGAAAGCGAAGGUAGCCAACACACUGCCUCCGGGUGUUGUUGAACUACUGCAUGGGUAGGCAAACUAAGGCCGGGGGCCAGAUCCAGUCCAAUCACCUCAAUCUGGCCCGCAGACUGUCUGGGAAUCAGCGUGUUUUUACAUGAGUAGAAUGUGUGCUUUUAUUUCAAAUGCAUCUCUGGGUUAUUUCUGGGGCAUAGGAAUUCGUUCAUAUUUUUUUCCAAAAUAUAGUCAAGCCCCCCACAAGGUCUGAGGGAAAGUAGACCGGCCCCCUGCUGUAAAAGCUUCCAUCAUCCCUCACCAUUGGCCGUGUUGGCUGAUGCUAAUGGGAAUUGUAGUUCAACAACAUCUGGAAGACAAUAUGUUGGUUACCCUUGGUUUAAACCACCUUGAAUUAGCAAAGAAACCCUGUCAACAACAUGAUCUUCCUAGAUAAAUGUUUUAAGGCAUUGCUUGUGGCCUUUUUCCUGCUGCUUGUAGUAAUAUCUACUAACUACAAGCAAAUGAAUAAACUGUUCUGAGGAAGUUGAUAUAAAGAAAGGAGUAGUCAUGAACACAAGUGUAACUCAUGUUGAGGUACAUGAAACAAGAUACUGUUCCAUUUUCAAAUGCCUAAUGGUCAAUUCAGAACAUGAAGUUUACCUGCUAAGAGUGUGUCACAGAUUAAGUCAAACUUCACAUAGGAUGGAAACUUCAGGUAUGGUAGUUUGGUUUCAUUCAUAAAGUACACAAAUCAUGACUGGAUAAGGGGGAUUCUUAGCAGCAACCAGUGAUAUAUAUAACUCUAAUAAAUUUUAUUCUAGGACUAAAUAAAACCAUAACUCCUAAACUUGUGUCAUUGGUUAAACCGUGCUCUGUGCUUUAUGUAUUAAAAUUGGCAUCGCAGUAGCAAAUGUUUUGGGAAUUCUUGGGCAAUAGUAAAUGCAAGUCUUGGACAAUUCAGUUUGCAGCUUUAAAGGCAUGAAGUUAUGGUCUCUUCAUGUUAUCCCUUUCUAUAUUCACCACUGAUUCUAUAUGCUGUAUGGGUUGUGUUUUUUGCAGGGCAAAAAGGAUGUGGCUCAGAUAUUCAACAACAUUCUGAGGAGGCAAAUUGGUACAAGAACCCCCACAGUCGAAUACAUCUGCACUCAGCAAAAUAUACUGUUCAUGCUGUUAAAAGGGUGCGUAUAGUAUGUUGUAUAAACAAACAUAAACUGCUGUACUCCCAGCUUAAGACUAGGUCACACCCCCACCUUCUCCUGCUCUCUUCAGUCAGGUACGCUAUCGGUGAUUGGAAGUCGAACUGAGCUGUGAAAAACAGAUUGCUGAAGUUGCUUGCAUGGUCAUAGGUAUUUGCUAGAAAAAUUCAACCAAAAUUAUGAAAGUGACUCCUGACUGUAUGUGGAAGAGACCUUAAAGGGCAAUGGAGACACUGUGUUUGAAGCUCAUGCGUUCAUAAAUGAUAUGAAUUCCAUGUUUGGUUUCUCUUUGAAUGAACUGAAUCAUUACUCUUCCAAGGGAGUAACUAAUACUUAAAACACAUUGGACAGCAAAUCACCUCCUGUGUUCCUUUGAGGUCAUCUCCCCUUUUGUUCUUGCAUUUGGUGCCUUCCCUUCUUUCCUAAGUUGUGUUUGACCUGGUUCACACUUAAUGCUAAGCCAUACCAUGGUUUAUCACAAAUGUGUAGGCUACUGAAAAGGAGAUUGCAGCCAUUUUUCUACUCUUCUGGUCCCCACUGCUGUGACUUAAGGCAUGGUUUGGCUUAGCAUAGAAGUGGCUAACCUUUUAAAAGGACAUACUUUGGCAUCACAAUAAGGAACCUACAGGAGUGUUCAGUCAUUAUAUUUUAAAAUAGUAGCAAGACCAGAGGAGGAAUGACGCAGUCACAAUCUCCCUAUCAUGCCUUCAUACUAAGCCAUAGUUUGCCUUAGUGCUAUGCGAUAACUGAGCCUUUUUGCUUAGAAACGUUCACCUUAAAGUUUCCCUAUAGGAUCCCAGUUUGGCAGCGGUUUUGCACAUAGAAUUAUCUGACUCUGCGAACUGGGCCAAGACAUUUGACCCUGUUCCUAUUGUUCACAGAGCAGAACUUCAAACUGAAGUCAUGCUCCACAAUUCACCCUGUGGCUUGUGAUACACAAUCCAUAUCCUUGUAGUUAUGAUACACCGUUGGCUCAGGCUUGCCCAGACAAAGGCUAAUUCAUUAUGUGUACUCCCUGCCAUAUUGCUGUUUCCGCUUCUUAUAUUAAUUGCAUUGUUUCAUUGAAGCAUCAUGCUUGGUUUUUUUAACAUUCUAACAAUGAAACAAAUGUGACACUUUACACCAAAUUAAUGGAUAAUGUAAGUGUUGGUGCUGUUUGAAACAGAGGGGUAUUUGAGAUUGUUUUCUUCCGUACUUAAGGAAAUGACAUCUCUUCCUUUUUUAAAAAAAGAAAAAAACCCUAUGAAAACGGUUAAUUGAGAGCUUGCCAACCUUAAAACACUUUGGAAGCCUUUCACACAACAGAACCCAGUUAUUUUUCUUUGCUAUUUUUUCUCAUGAUGAUGAUGAUCUCAGUUGCAUUUGGCCAAAUGUUUAGGGUAGCUUCUGUUUUCCUUUCUUACACCAGCUAGUUCUUGGGGGAAAGCAGUAUAGCAUAUUUUUGAGGUGCUUAGUUUUGCAUGCAUAAAUAGCUUGAUGCUCUCAGAACGAGAUGCUGUGUUCCUUAACUAGGAAGAUAGAUAAUCUUAAAAUAUUAGAGAGGCCACAUUCAUCCCACAUUUCCAGACCAAUCCACUCUGUACAUCACCGAAUGCAGCAGGAUAUCCCAAACAAGCAUUGUGUUCUGAACAAAUUAAACUACUUACUUACUUAUUCAGAUCUUGCCCAUCCAAGUGUAGGUAACAGUGCAUUAAUCGCCACUAAAUGUUAAGAUCACUUUAAUAGCUAAGGUGCAAUCUAGGUAAGUUUAAGUUCAAACUACUGAGAGCUUUUUCAGUCAAACCAACACAAAUAUGGUAAGAAGCCUUUGCAGAUAGUGGAGAACCAGUGUAAAUGCUCCUGACAUUCCAUCUCCAUGAGGAAGCUUUGAAACCCCUUUAUACUUUAUUUGGAGCUUCCAAACAAUUAAAUUCAGCUUUGUGUUCAGUGCAUUUUAAAGGUGUGGAUGAGGGUCAUUAAGUCUGAAAGACUAAAGAGACACAGCUUUCUAAUCAUACGAAGUUUGUAAUAAGUAUUAUUGACCUCUGUUGCAACCUAAGCCUUUGUAGAUUAGCAGCAUGUGAGGUUAUGAACCUGACUGUCAUAGAAAGGGGAAAAUAGUUGUUCCAGAGCCAAAUUAUCUGAAGAAUCAAUCUCUCAUACCAGUGGGCAUAUAUGUUAUGACUGUCUGCAGAGGCCUUGCUCCAAAUGCCUCUAGCUUCAGAAGGUAAACAAGGAGUGACAGAGGCCUUUUCUGGAAUGCAGACUUAUCCUUUUGAACUACCUCCCAGACUAGAUUCACACAGCACCCUUUCUUGGCUAUUUCAUAAUUUGCUGUUGCUGCUGCCACCACCGCAACGUAGUAUCUUUAAAGAAUAUUUGCCAAUAUAAUCUACAAACAUAGAUGGUGAGGAGGUUCAAUAUUUGUAUUAGUGAAUUUUGCUACAUCAAUCCCUUCAAAGGUAUUAGAGUGUAAGCCAUUGAAAGAGCAAAAUUCUAAUCUAGAAUCUAGAAUUUGCUAUUUCCACAGGCCAGGAUCUAACUUGCAUCACUGUGUGCAAGUGGAAAGCCAAUCUGUGCAUGCAAAAGGAGGAAGGAGAUUGGCAGUGUUCAGUUGCUGCUGUAUCUCUUCACAUUGCUCCAGGGGAUCGCCACACCUUUUGGAUGUAUCCUGGCAACCAUAUAUUAAAUGGCAAUUCAGCUAUUUGUGGUAGAUCUUCCUGACAGUCAGGCAAUUUGAAAAAAUUGAACUGGUGCACAAUAUUGAAUAUAAAAUUAAUAGGACAUUGAUCAGUGUAGUUGUAGAUAAGUGAACUGUGAAAGUGUUUUGAAAGUGCAGAUGUCUAUUCCUAGAUUACUUAUCAAGAUCAGUGCCACCCUAGUGAGAGUGUUGCCAUUGAAGAGUGGCACAGAAAAUGUUAAAAUAGUUUCACUGAAAUUGUAGUAUUUAUUUUACUAAUAAAUAUUAUAUACAGUAGUUGAUGAAACUUUAAGGAGGUAAAAAGUUUGCUGUGAUCAUAUUUCUCUUUCUGAAUUAAUUACGUUGAUGUCUCACUUUGCAGUUACGAAUCCCCAGAAAUUGCUCUGAAUUGUGGAAUCAUGUUAAGAGAGUGCAUCAGACAUGAACCACUGGCAAAAAUAAUCUUGUGGUCAGAGCAGUUUUACGACUUCUUCAGAUAUGUGGAAAUGUCAACAUUUGACAUCGCUUCAGAUGCUUUUGCAACUUUCAAGGUAACACAUUCUGAAUUUUGACAGCUACUUCGUAUCUAUCUAUCUAUCUAUCUAUCUAUCUGUCUCACACCUUCCCCAUGAAAUUUCAGAAAAACAUACAACACAUAACAAAUAUAUAAAAUCUCUUUACAACAAUCUAAUAUCAGCAGCUAGCAGCCAUAGAACAGCAUUAACGAAAUCACAACAAUUUGAGCAGUAAAAAUACCCUUUAAUUUUUUUUAACUGCUGCAGGAGCAGACGAGCCUUGCAUAACUUCCUGAAGGCAAAUAUAAACUGUUGCAUUCUUCACAUUAAUUGUGUGACUUCAAAAUAUCUGCAGAGGUGGUAGGUUGUAUCCACCUGCUACUUAGAGUAGACCCAUCAAAAUUAAUGGACCUUAGUCAUGUCAAACUUAGCUGGCUAUGUAGCAUACAGACAAAAUUCCUUCCAUUGUGUGAUCUAUAAUUGGCUGUAGAGUAACCCAUAUACAGUCAUACCUCGGGUUGCGAACAUGAUCCAUGCAGGAGGCAUGUUCACAACCUGCAGUGCCGUGUCUGCGCACGCGCGUGAUGCGAUUCGGCACAUGCGCGUGAUGUCAUUUUGUGUUUAUGCGCAUGCACGAGCGCCGAAACCUGGAAGUAACCCGUUACAGUACUUCCGGGUUCGGUGCGGUCCGCAGCCCAAAAACAUGCAACUUGCAACGUUCAUAACCCGAGAUAUGACUGUAAAUAAUUGAGGAAGAUUACAUAGUAUGGUUAUGAGAAAGUAAUUAGCACCAAACAGAACGGAAAAGGUGAAUAUGUUCAAGACUACAGGAUUUUUAAGGAAAGUAUUUUCCCAGAGCCCAAAACACUACUUCUGACCAGAAACAAAAUGGCAGAACAUUGGGUACUGCCCAAAAGCAAGCCAAAGUGAAUUCAUUGUUCCACAUUGAAUUAAAGUGUGAGGGCCUCUGCCAUUGAAAGAGAGAGAAUUGUAAUCAAUGUUAAAGGUAAAGGGACCCCUGACCAUUAGGUUCAGUCGUGACUUGACUCUGGGGUUGCGGCGCUCAUCUCGCUUUAUUGGCCGAGGGAGCCGGUGUACAGCUUCCGGGUCAUGUGGCCAGCAUGACUAAGCCGCUUCUGGCGAACCAGAGCAGCACACGGAAACGCCGUUUACCUUCUCGCUGGAGCGGUACCUAUUUAUCUACUUGCACUUUGACGUGCUUUCGAACUGCUCGGUGGGCAGGAGCAGGGACCGAGCAACAGGAGCUCACCCCGUCGCGGGGAUUCAAACCGCCGACCUUCUGAUUGGCAAGUCCUAGGCUCUGUGGUUUAACCUACAGUGCCACCUGCGUCCCAAUGUUAGUCCUACUCAAAAUAGAGCCAUUUAAAUUGACAUGACUAAGGUCCAUCUUGGCUGCCAUUUAGAAGAGGAAUUGCCCGAAAAGAGUGAAAUAUUGUCAUUUCUAAAAGUGUGGCUUAAGAAAACCAGAGAAGCAUAUGAAAAAGGCUGCAUAUAACAACCAGGGGUAAAGGGGGAUACAGUGAAGAACUGUUGCACCCUGAACUAUAGGGUAGGAAUGGAAAUGCCAUUUAAAUAACCGUGUAAUCUCUUGUUUUCAGGACUUACUAACAAGGCACAAGUUGCUCAGUGCAGAGUUCUUGGAACAGCAUUAUGAUAGGGUAUGUACUUUUAUUUCAUUUUUUAUUUCAAUUAUGUUGUUAUUUAAUAAUGCUAAUUAUAUCCUAAUAGAAGUUUCAAGCUGUCCCUUCACAAUGUUGCCCAACUGCUAUCUGUUCAAUUUUUAUUAUUCUUAUUUCCAUAUCAAUGCAAGUUCAGUGUUUGACAGCAAACUCUUGCAACUGCACAGUUCUAAAAACACUGGGAAUGAAAUUGUAUGUUAAGAAACCUGUUUCCUUGGUGUGCCAGAAUAAUCACAAGGGCAUGUGUGACAACCGUGCUCCAUCUGCUGGUCACAUCUGAUAAUGAAAAUGUCAAUCUGCUUGUGUUCCCUGUCAUGUUCUUGCCUAAAGAAUUGCCUGAAAAUUUCCUUCAGCCUUUCCACUUGAUCAUACAGAAAUUGAAGCAAAAUACUUGAAAUGUUUAAAUCUUUACAUUAUUUCUGUGUUUAAUAUUUGUGCUUCCAGUUCAUUGAAAUCAUUUGGAAUCAGAGUGCUUGUGAUAGUUAGAUUUUUCUUUCUUUCUCCAUUCAGUUCUUCAGUGAAUACGAGAAGUUACUCCAUUCAGAAAACUACGUGACAAAACGACAGUCUCUUAAGGUAGAGAGACCUUACUGACUUUAAUUAUUUUGACAUUAGAAAAUAUUAUGAAGAACUUAAUUUCAGCAGGUAGGACCAAGUUAGCUAUUCAUUCUACAUUGUCUCCUGAUCAGUUAAGAAAGUUUUGAAGCAUGAGGUUUUAUACUUUAGGAAACCAAUAUUCUAACAUUUAAUGGUUAGUACAGGUUCUAUAACUGCAAGACUCAAACAUUUUGCAAAUGUUGAGUAAAAACCUGGAAAGUUUUUGUUUCCUAAGGUGCCUCAUCAGUAUAUCAAUAUAUUAAUAUACACAUGGACACAUACACAACCCUUUCCCCCAAACCUUGAUUCAUAUCAACAGUUUCACUAUAAAAACAAACAGCAUGAUCUAACAUUCUGCACUCAUGAAGUUCAAACUAUAGAAAUGUCUAUGUCCACCCCAAGGAUCAAGUCUUUAUGCCCCUCAUAGAGCUCAUGCUUUGCCAUAAUAACCAAUGCUGAACUUGACUAGCCCAUUGAGGUCCUCAAAAUCUUACAGAUGGCCGUAGUGUGUUUUCUCCUUGUGCUGUAAGUCAGAAGACUUGUCAGGAUUUUGUUGGCCACACUCCCCAUACGGUAUCCUUUAAACUCUGGUUUAAUUUGGCACAAGAUUGCUUGCACAUAUUCUCCUGUGUUACCUGCAACAUACAACAAAUAACAAUGGAUUGCAUCCAAUUUUUCCUGAAGUCGUCCAAAUUAUGCAGACUCAGUAAUACUAGUUUAGGUAGCACUAGAACAGAGUUGUAAUAGAAUAUAAUACCAGAAAUUCUGGCUCUUGAAAAAAAUCAUUGUGGCUAAAGAACAAAAAAAGGUUGAUUGAGUUUUAUAGCCCUAAUGGAAAACUUCCCCACUUCCCUCCCCCCCCCCUUCUUGUUUUUUAGCUGCUUGGUGAACUACUGUUGGAUAGGCACAACUUCACAAUUAUGACAAAAUACAUCAGUAAACCUGAAAAUCUCAAACUUAUGAUGAACCUUCUAAGAGACAAGAGUCGCAACAUUCAGUUUGAAGCCUUUCAUGUCUUUAAGGUAGAAACAGCUUUUAAAUGUUGUUGAUAAUGGUAUUCAACACUUCCUGUAAACAGAAGGUAUCUAAUCUUACAUUGAUCUAAUACUACACCAGAGUGGCUUGACAUAACUGAAUGAGAAGUAUUGGAUAAGUAUUGGAAAGGGUGGGUGGGGUAUGUUGUACAAAGCAAAUUCUAUUUCAAAGUCAAAUUUAUUUUUUAAUUGAAUCCAUCUCUGAGACUGGCUUAUCAUUUUCCCUAAAACAUUCAAAUAAAUAUAUCACAUGCAGCUAUUUUGAAACAAACAGAUCCCCUACAUUUUUCUGAAAAGAAGCCCCUUAAUAUUGCAUGUAAUAUUUGUUUUUAAUAUCCUGUGACAAACAAAAGUUUCUGCAUGAAUUAUUUCAUUAAUUGCACUAAUGAGUAUUUUUCAACACAACCCUUUGUAAGCAGUUUUGCUUGGUGCUACUUGGAUUGCGAAUAUGCAUAUUCAAAUGCACUAAAUCAUUUUGAAAAUAGUAUCUAAGAACAUUUGUUCCAUUAAUAGGUUAAACUAAUGAAUUCCAGGAGGGAAUAAUCCAUUCUGUUGUUUUAAGUGAUGCUUGGUCCUUGUCACUAAGAAGACAGAUGCUAAUAAUUGCACAAACAUUGUCUGUGGGCUUUUAGCACCUUGUAGACUUGGCUCAUACUUUACAUAAAUGUAAAUAUUCCUCGGAGAGUUAAUAUUUUCUGAUAUAUUAACUGAACUUUUCCUAUUCUGACCAUCUUCUUUCAUUGCAGGUGUUUGUAGCCAACCCUAACAAGACGCAGCCUAUAUUAGAUAUCCUCCUAAAGAACCAGACCAAACUUAUUGAGUUCCUCAGCAAGUUUCAGAACGACAGGACCGAGGAUGAACAAUUUAAUGAUGAGAAGACCUAUUUAGUUAAACAGAUCAGGGAUUUGAAAAGACCAGCACAGCAAGAAGCUUAAUCUCCUAUAAACCCCUAAAAUAUUAAAUCCAAAUUCAGCAUUUGCUGUUAGAUAUUCAGCAUCAGGCACUCUUAUCAAUUCAUGAGGAACAUUACUGCUAAUCUGCUGUUCAGUGAACAGUGUUUGUUUUUCUCUCUUUUUUUUUAGUCCAAGUUGACAAACCUAGCUGCUGCUUUCUUGCACAAUGUGGACUUUCUUGGUAUUUGUGUCUGAAUUCAAGCACACUGCUUGUUUUUAGAAGUUUGGGGGGCGGGGGGAGAUUGUUGGUUCAUGAAAGCAAACAUAUAGAAGAUAGUUUGGGAUAGGAAAAGAAGGUAUUAGAGUAGUUUAAGUGACGGGGUGCAUGCUUGCAAAUCUGAUUCAAUCCGUACGUUUGCACUUAACCUUGUAUGAGAUGCGAGCACAAUGUUAUCUGUGCAUACUUGGCACCAUAGUAUAAGAUUGUAUGCCUUGAUUUUAAAAAAAAUGUGCAGUGCUUUAUGUGUAAUCAAAGGGGAAAUGUGAGCUUACUGGGAUGAACAGUUGUCUUGCAAAUAAAACUGAUACUGAAACAUAGCAACUUCUAAAGAGUGAAAUCUCAGAGUUCAUAAGGAAAAUGUAUAUAUGCCUUUCACUGCUUUGUAGGUUUUUUGUUUUCUUUGGAGAGAGAGAGUGUGUGUGAUUUUGUUGAAAAUUGAGUUGUAGACUUGGAAAUACAUUCUAAGGGUUUUUGUUAAUUUUACUUUGAAGGUAUUUCAGACAGUAGAGCUUAGCAGUGACACUUUGCAUUUCAUUUCAACAAUGCUUGUUGGUUUCUUUUGUAUAUAACUCCUAGGCUGCUCAUUUCUUUAAAAAGGAUUUAAUUUGUACAGCAGAGGAAUGUUAAUGUAUUAGUCUGUAUCUUUUACCUGAUACUGAGUUUUGCAAAAUGAAAGCUCAUCUGUAAUGAAUACUUAGGAUCACAUGGAAAUGCUCAUUUCACAUUUCUUAAAUACAGCAGCAUUAAAAAGAAGAAAAUCCAAUUUUUCUGUAUUCACUGGUUUAAUGGGGUGCCAUCAGUUAGGGUAGACUAAAAUAUAGUUCUGGAACCCACUAACCUAUAUCCUUCAAUGUUGGCCUUAUUCAUCUAUAUUAGUGCUGUGUUCAGCCAAUUGCAAAAUUAUAAAGAUUAUGCUAAAUUAAUAUCAAUUUGUUUUUCCUUGUGGGUACAUAGAGAAUCUCUAUUCCUUUCAUAUCGUUAACAUUCGGUAUGGUAGUUGUGAUAGUAAAUAACUUAAUAAUUCCCCUUUACUUCAAAAACCAUAAUUUCAUAACUGUCCUAGUGUCAAUAUCUUGUUUGUUAAUGCUGCAAACUAUCAGUAUUUAUUUUUUAAGAAAGACUGAUGUUGCACCACUUUUUGUUACUGUGAUCAUAACAAAAAAAAAAAUCUGCUAAAUAUAUCUCAACUAUGUUAUCAAAAUACUAUCUAUUCAUCUUAAUAGUAGUACUGAGAUCACAACCAGCCAGCCAACUUUAUGGAUUAGGAGUAUGGAAGUUCAAAUUCUGCAUGAUUGAACCUGAAUGAGAAUGCUCUAAAAUUAUUUAUUGCUUUCUAGCUUCUUUCUGGUUAAAUUAUUUCACAAAUGAUUAAACUAAUCUCCUGAUUGACACCUUAGCUAAUUUUUACAGCUUUCAUGAAGGAAGUAGGAAAGUAAAUCCAGCAAAUAGGAUUCUAGUAAUAUUGGCCAUCUCAGCAUUGUCAUGCUUCCUUUAGUGGUCAUAACCUGUCCUUUGCAAAGUGAUUCAUAAUGUCUACUGAAAGAAGAAAAAGUAAUCAUUAAGCCUUUAUUAAAUCAUUUAUAUAGACAGGCAAAACUGGCCACGAGAUGAUAUUAUAGUUCAGUACUCUGUCCUUUUUUAUAUUUUGGUUAAUCGUAGUUAAGAAAAGGAAAAUAUUACUUGGCAAGUUAUUCUCCAUUAUGCAUAAGGCUUCCACUUUAGGGGGGAAAUGUAGAAAUGCUAAAAAGUUAUGUAUGUGUAUAUAUAAAGAAGUUCAAAGAUGGAUUUGGAUAUUGGUUUUGCUUCUCUACUAUUUGGCAUGGGAGAAAGUGGCUCUAACUUUUUUCAAACAUUAAUCCUUGGAGUGUUGGCAUUCAAAAAAAGUUGUAUUUAAGACCAUUUGAUGUGCUAUUCAUAUUAAAAAAAACUAUUGUACUGGAAGUGGUUUCUUAUCUGUGUGAAGGCUUAAAGAUAUUACUAAAAGUUAUUUAAUGUGAGAAGUGUUUUUAAACAAAAAAGAUGUAUACAAUUGUAAUUCUACUUCCACAAAAGCAUUUCAUUUCUUCAGAUGAAUGCAUUUCUUAGAAGAUCUGGCUGGCCCCAUAAUUUAAAUAGAAAUAAAAUUUUGAAGAAACACAAUUGUGUGUUUUAU